GUGGCGCCCUCGUCCCCAUGAAUAAGCAGAAAUGAUGUUUUGCUGAGAGUCACACAGAAAGAAUCUCUGACCUGAUUUUAAGUAUCCGAGCUUCAUCUCUCUGAUAUGAUGGUCGUUUGGGUGUUUUCUACCUGCUGUGAGGAGCUGAAAAUAUCUCGGGAGGAAAAAUUCAUGUAAAUAUUGGGGAUUUGGUGUCGUAUUUCCUCCUCCUGUCCGGACUGGCUCUCUGGAGAGGGGGCGGAUAUCCAGCAGCAUCCCGCAGCCUACGCCCGCCUCUGUGGCUCUGUGCAGAGCUGAGGGGGCAUAGAGGGACUGCACACCGACAGGAGGACGGAGACACACAAACACAGAGAGAGUGACAAGGACAGGGGCGAUGGCCGCCGGUGCAGGAUGCGGGGAAUCGGUGGAUCAGUACCGGGCCGAGGUGGAGAGGCUCACCGCGGAGCUCGCCGAAGCGAACCGGGAGAAGAUCAGGGCUGCGGAGUGCGGUCUGGCCGUCCUGGAGGAGAACCAGGCACUGAAGCUGAAGUACUCAGACCUGGAAACCGAACAGGAGACUCUCAGGAAGGAGUUGGAGCAGUUACAGGAGGUAGGAGGUGGAGUGGUGUUUGCUGUUUGAAUCUGCAGCCUGACAGGUGUGUGUGUCUGUGUGUGAUCAGCUGCACCACAGCAGGGUGCACUUGACAUGAGUCACUCCUGUUUGUUGGGUUAAAUUGCACUCAGAAGGUGUUUGUGCAUUUGAUUGGCGACCAGAUGAGACUCAGGUGUGUCUCAGGGUACAAGACAAAUGAGGAACUAGUGAAAUCCUUUAAAUGUACCCAGGGAAAGGUACCCAGACAAAUGAGGAACACGUGAAGUCCUGUAAAAAAGGAGUCUGUUUCCAUAAUGUGUGGCUCCAUUUUCUGUGAAACACCUAAAUUUGAUUAAAAAGUGAAUUACUGGAUGCAAAAAUUGUUGCUGCUUUAUGAAUGCAAGGCCCUGUUUCUGAAGGUCCACUAACAUCACACCUCAGCCACAGCCUGCUUCAUUGUUUCAGAUUCCUCCCCUGUGUGUGCAUAGCAACAGUCAGUAAUUUCAGGAAAGUCUUGCCAAGAUAAAUAAAUUUUCCCCAGACAUCCCUGAGUAACCUGAUCAUCAGAUUUGUCCACUACUGUAAUGUAGAGCCUUGGUCCUCUAUUGAUCUCAAUGUCAAGAUUGUAUCUCCAAAGAGGAAUGAGCAGAGAGAACCUACAGAUAUCAGCUCCCUGCCUCCUUGACCUGCAUGUAAAGCUCAGAAGAAACAAAAUACUCUGUUUUUCUUUGUUUGGGAUUAGUCAAAACAAAAACAGCAAUAUAAAACAGUGGUUCAAGCAGAGAUAUUAAAAGGUUUGAAAAAUUAAAUCAACUCAGAACUGCUGAAGUCCAUCUUAUAGUCCCUGCAUGUUUAGUGCCCAUAUUUAAUCAUUUGUAAACUCUAAUUUAAUGUGAAUGUAUGCAGAGUGACUCCAAUUCAUCACAGCAUGGUAUGAUAUGUACAAAAUAAUACAAUAAAAUAAGCAACAGUAAGACACAAUAAGAAAGGAUGUGAAAUGAUAGAACACAUUGUGAGGUGAUAAGGUAUGAUAUUAAAUGGAGCAAUACGUUAAAUAUGAUAUGUUGCAAUACAACACAACAGGAUAUAAUACUAUGUAGUGUAACACUAAUACUAUUUGAUACAAUAUGAUGUGAUAAAGUAUAAUAUAAGGCUGUGUGAAACAAGAGUACAAAACAGUCUAAAACCAAAUAUAUGUCAGGAUAUCAUACUAUACAUGACAACACAUUAUGUAUGAUAUGAUUUGAUAGAACAUGAUAUCAUAUUAUAUCAUAUCAUGUGUCAGAAUACCAUACUGUUUGAUGAGAUAUAAUACAAUUCGAUACAAUGUAUGAUAUGAUAGAAUAUGUUUGAGUAUUAUAUGAAAUGAUUGAUAUAAUAAUGAUAUGAUGUGAAACAAAAUGAUACAGCACAAUAGAAUAUCGUAAAAUACGAUUCUCUAUGAUAUAAUGUGAUACAAUAUGAUACCUGAUACUUGGUCAACAAUACUAAUUUAACUAUUUAUAACAAAAUAAAAUGAUAAAGAUCAAAGUGCUUAUGCAACGAAGUUAAAGUUAUAUUGCUAUGAGAAGAACAAGACAUAAUGUCAGAGAAAUAAAAUCCUCCUGUCGCAAGAAAAAAGAGUUGAUAAAGUGGUAGAUUCGGUUCACAAUGAGCACCUAGCUGUCUGUACCAAGAUAACAAAAGUGGAGAGUCAGGUUAAAGUGUCCCUAAUAUUUUGUCUCCUCGGCUCCACAUUGUCGUAAGGAUCAGGACUGAGAUCAAUAUUUUGAUGCAAUAAUUGUGCCAUACACAUCAGGACAACAGCAUUUUGCAGAAUUGACACGUUAUCACACCCUUAAGUUCCUGUAAAAAUGUUGUUUUAAGAGAAAUUAGUUUUUUACGAACUGUGACAAACCAUAAGGAUGUAAAACAUACACUUAGUGCCUGUAGUAACUGUGCAAAUAUCUUGGACAUAAAACUGUCCAGGAAUUACAGCAGAGAGGAUGACGUGCACACCGGCCUAAAUUAUGUAUGCUCACGGUAUACGUUCAGCCUUUAAUGAACACAUGCAUAUUGCAACAAGACUCCGGUGCUGACGGUGUUCACAGCUCAAGGUUGCAGAUGGAGAUGGAAAAAAGCCAAAGACCAAAAGGAGAUGGAGUCUCUGAAGGGAUCUUUAUUUAAUGGAAAGUGUCAUUCCUUUUUAUGCAUACAGACGAUAAUCUACUUAGAGAUAUUAUUACUCCUGUGCAGCUUUAUACAGCUUUUUUAUUUUAUUUUUUAAUAACAGUGGCUGUUUUAGGAAUAAAAACUACUUAAAACUAACAGUUACCUUUUCUUGAGUGUAACAAUUUGUGUGUUUAUCUUUCCGAGCGUUUGACCAUUAAUUAGAAGAAUCAAGAUAUUUGCGGUUUCAUGCCCAGCAAUAUCCAUGUGACAUUGUGUAUGCAUAUCACACCGCCCACUUUCCUCAGAGUGCCCUUUUCUUCCUCUUCUAUGUUGGUUGUUCUUUUUUGUUUUGACGUGCAGAAUGAGAGUGAUCUUUGUGCAGCUCACAGCAGACUGUCAAAAUAAAGUGACGGCCCGAUGCAGACGGCAGCAGAGUUCUGUCUCCAGAUGAUGAAUUAUUGGAGGAUGUGUUGGUGGAGCUGAAUGAGACAGAGACAGAGAGGCAGAUGGAGGCGGAGUCCCUAAAAAUGUGCUUUGGUGAUGUGUGGUUCUGGUUAUAUAGAGGUAGAUUUUAGUUUAGUGAGCUAUAACCCUGUUAGUAGAGCAGUGCUGCUCUUUUUGUGAUCUACUCAGGUUGUAUCCUUCGCCCUCCUCCACCUGUCUGUCUUUGCCCUCUCCUCUCACAGGGAACAUUUUUUAGAGCUGAUAUUAUGUCCACAGAAUAAACACCUCCUGGUUUCUUUCUGCCUGUCGCAUAUUUCUUUGAAUAUGAGACGAAGUGCCAGAGUGCAAACCUGCCACUACAAUAACAUCACGUCUGCUCUCGCUGCACUCAGGAGGGAUGCAUUAUGAAAGGUCAGGGGAGCUGCAAAUGGAAAGUGGAAUUGCUUCUGGGAUGGGGUGGCCUCUGCAUCCAGGAACUGUUGUUUAUUCUGUUGAAAAUCCAUCACAUAGUCUUUGUGAUGUUAUUUGGACAUGCUUUGCAUUUUCAGUGUAGUGGUCUGCCUGCCAUGGUUGUGUGCCUUCAGACCAAGUCCCAGCUGGUGGACACACUCACACCUCAGCCACUAACAUGCAAAACUUUGAGCCACACUCUUACACUCCGGAAAUGAGAGCUGGAGCUGCAGGUAAACUGAAAGAAUCAUUCCUUGCUGGGCCGUAAUUAGCUCCAAUUCCUGUUCUGUUCAUUAGUUUCUUAUCAGUUCUUGAUUGCUGUCCUGGAGAUUUGGAUGAUAAAUACUUCAAAAGCCAAAAUGAGCUAAAUAGCUCAAAAAUGGAUAAGAUAAGAGAAGAUAUUCCUUUAUUCGUCCCAUAAGGGGAAAUUUCAAAUUUACAGCAGCGAUAAAUACAAAAGAGAAAUUAAAGAAUGAAGAAACUUAUGAGUUAAAAAAAAAAUUAUAUAUAUAUAUAUAUAUAUAUAUAUAUAUAUAUAUAUAUAUAUACAUAAAAAGAUAUAUAAAUAAAUUACAAUCAUUUGAAACACUUUAGAAUAUCAAACAAUAUCAACAUAUCACAUUUUGCAUACCCAAAUUAAAAGUAGCAGAAGUAUAACUCCUGUUCAUUUCACCCUUUAUGGUAAGAGUAAACAAAAUUCAAACUUGUGUCUUAAAAAAAUAUAUUGGAAAUGUUUGUAGGCAUGAUUCAUUUAUUGAAGAUGAAGACCAUUAAGAAGGCAGCAGCUCAUCAUCUGCAGUGUGUACCCUCAAAUUUACGCCAUAUUGACAUAAAUGCUCCAUAUGUCAUGCUUGCUUUGGCCCGCUAUGAUCCUCCUAUCACAGCUUGAAGAUUUAUGCUGCUGUUAGGAACCGUAAAGGUGUCCACAAAUUAAUGUGCCUUAUUGAAUCCAUGAAUGUCAAAAGUUAGAUUUGGUUGUUUUGCUUAAGCCUUUUUGGUUUGGUGGGUGUGGUUUGGUAACUUGUCCUGUCAAAGACACUAUUGUGUUACAAGGAAGGAUGGUCAGACUGUUUGCAUUCAUGCAUAAGGUUCAACAUUUCCUGUUUGGUACACCAUAGUUCAGCCAAGGCCCUCUGCUCUUGCUCCCAGUGCAACACCAUUGCACCUUUGAAUGUCACAUUUCACCUUAAAAUCUCCCAGACUGCUCCAGUCAACAGAAAUACACACUUUGUGACAAUGGAAGUGUCACUCUCAUUGUUUACAUUGUUAACUCUGGAAACUAACUUAAUGAUUUAGCUUUAGGUCAAGUAUAGCACGGCUUCGAGCAGAGAGUAAAGACCUCCGAUUUCUCUCUCUUCCUCUCAAUUAUUAAAAAAUAGAAAAGAGGACAAAUUAACAUUUUCUUGGUGGUGUUUCAGCCUUUUGAUGUCAAUUCAAAGCUGGAGCUCUUUAAUAAUGCAAUGUUUAUCCUGUUAUUUGCAUGUGAAUCCUGCCUGCGUCAUAUUUCCACCUGAAGAGCAAUAUUAGAAACAAGAUAUAAGUUUGAUUUAAUCAUUCAAUCUAGAAAUGUUUCCUUCCCAUCCCUUUAUAUUUCCCCUUUCUGCAGCCCUGUCAUUCACCCUCCAUUGCGCCCCUCCCUCCCUGCCCCAUCACCCUCUCCUCCCUUGUAUCUCUGUAUGUACUGAAUGUCUCUGGAUAGCUGCCCAAGCAGUGACGGAGCCGCUAUUACCCUGUGGUUCUGGCUUGUUAGUGCUGUCUCUGGGCAGAUCAACCUCGGCUAGGACGCAGGAGGCGGUUGAAGGAAAAGGAGGAUGAAGAGAGUGUGUUUGUGCGGCCUUUAGUAAUGUUUAAUUCACACUGUCAACAAGGCUGGAAAUAGAUGGAGAGCUCUGGGAAGGAAGCCGUGUAGUCAUAAAGUGUAUUUGUGUUUGGAUUUUAUCUUUCAUAUAAAUCAGUCAUGAUUUGAUGCGUAAAAAAGCCCUCUUCUUCUCAAUUACUCAUGUCUAAAGUUUUCUAAAGUUCUUCACUUGAAGCAUCUUUGCAGCUCGGAGGUCUGCUAAGGUGCGUGCAGAGUAAGUUAGUCAUUUAGGCGACUGUCACAGCUAAUCUUCACAGCUCUUUAAAACUCUGCAGAAGAAUUGUCAUUUGUUGAAAGCUGAGAACAGGCCGAUCUCAGGUCAACUCGAUUCUUGAGGCUUCAGGCUGAAAAGGUGACCAAAGAAAUCUCCAUCAAAUACUUCACAUGACAACUUCAAACAUUUUAAAAGAAAGAUUCAGUCAUGAUUCAUCGGGUCAGCUCCAAUCUGUUGUUGAAUAUCUCCCAGCUACACUCAUUCCUCUCCUUUGCUCUGAUUUUCCUCUGCAGUGUUUGCUUCUGUGCUGUUUGCACGCCUGCCAUCUUUAAUAUUGAAGUAAAGAUUACUUCACAUUGCAGUUCUGUUGGGAUCUUUCUAGGGGAGAUAAGUACCUGCAAGAUCAUGAGCAAAGUAUUUUUCAAAAGAUUUCCAGGGCCUCGAGGUACAUAAUUUAAAAGCAGUAAUUUCAUGUCCAGAAAUGUAAUCAAUCUAAUGGCAGGGAAAGUCUGUUUUGAAAUUUCUGGAGUUUUGUUUAUUUGCAAGUACAGAUAAAUGCAGUUGGUUCACUUCUUAAAAAAAACAAAAAAAAGAAAGAAAGUAAAAUGCAUGAGACCUGGCAAAGAGGCUAAGCUAUCUAUCGCAACAGAUGAGGUCAAUUUUUAAAUGUGAUUCAGCUAAUUUUACGUAAACCUACUCUCACAGUAAAUCAGAGUAAAGAUAAAGUGGCAGAAGCUCAGGAGGGAGAGCGGUCGUCCGAUAACUGGAAGGUUGGCAGUUCAAUUCCCUCCUAUCCUGAGUCUGUCUGUUGUGUCCUUGGGCAAGACACUUAACCCACCUUACUCCCAGUGUGUGUCCUCCACUGGUUGUGAGUGUUAUGUGGUGGUGGUCGGAGGGGCCGUAGGCGCAAACUGGCAGCCAUGUUUCCAUCAGUCUGCCCCGGGGCAGCUGUGACUACUAAGGUAGUUUACCACCACCAAAGUGUGACUGUGUGAGCGAAUGAAUGAUGUAUCCAAUGUAAAGCGCUUUGAGGGUCUCUGAUAAAGCGUGAUAUAAAAUCUGAUGCAUUAUUAUUAAAGCAGUUGAUCAGUGCUAAACAAAAGUUGCUUUCUGACUGCAAAGUGAAGCCCAGAUCAUUUUCUAAAUGGAGCGUGCAGUGACACUCGUGUGUGAAUUGGAGUUUCUUAAAGCUCUUGUGAGGAAGUUCUCGUUUGUACCAAUUUGACACCCCCUUGAAAUCUUUAAUGUUGUGUCUGAUGGUCUUGUUUGACUUUGGAUAUCAUGAGAAAGCAACUAUAUGAAUUUAAGUUGACUUUAUAAAUGAGCUUUAAAAUGAGCUUCAAAAUGAGCUAAAUUACGAGACAAAGUUUACUCUUUCUGAACUAGUUGAUAGAUGAGCUCUACGUCCACAGUCACAAAGAAACAAAGUCAAAGGAGACUUUCAGUGAGGAGUACUCCAAUGAUUAUACCUUCUACAACCCCACCAAUAGCUUCAAUAGUACUUUUAUGUAGAUCAUCAAACUUGAACAAGCCUCCCGGUAUCGGACACAAGAGCAUGAUGUCGGUCUUUUGGAUGAUUUAAGAGAAGCUUGGGUUCAUGCCAACAUCCCUGAAUUAAAGAGAUGCACUGAUUGUGAAAAUUCGAGGUAAUACCAAUGUCAGACAGUGAAUCAAGAGGCUUUGUCACAAUCAAGGCUUUAAGUUUAACCAAACAACACCAGAGUUGUCCUUCAGAAAGCCUGAGGUGUUCCUAACAUACAGUCUGUCAUGUGGAAAAGUGUGUAAUAAUGAAGCAUUAUUCUCAGGGGUCAGCUGUCAGGUUCGCUGAUAUCAACAACAUGCUAAGGCUGCUGUGGAUGAUUGAUUUGCUGUCAGUCUGCGGUUUCCCCAGAGGGUCUAUUUGCAUAAUUUGAGUUAACAUCAAAUGACUUCUCCGUCAUCGGGGUGCAGUGGUGAUGGUGUUAAACUGUUGCUUAAUUUACCCCCAUCAGACCAAGUUAUGAAAGCAUGUGCAAAGUCCAACCGACUCUCAAACCUUCAAGGAGCUCAAUCUGAAUGUUUAAAAAGCAGGAGGAGGUGAAUUAGCUGAAGGAUGUCUGUCUUUCUUCUUCUUUACUGCUGUAGUUGUAAUAAUGAGAGAAGAAGAAAAGGCUCAAGAGCAGCAUUAGAGCACAUCUGGUGUUUUUGCUUCAUGAAUAAAAGGAUUAGCAAACCUUGAAUACAUAUUAAAAUUUAUCAACUUUAUUCUGAAACACUCAACACCCGAGUGUAUUUGACCCGGUCUCCGGUUCAGGGACAGCAGUCCAACAAAGAGAGCAGCUGUGGCUGUAAAUCAGUCCGUCCUGUCAGAGUGGAGGAGAGGGAUGCAUCACAGGUUCCUCCCUGUCUCCUCCUUCUCCUCUUUGCUCCUCUUUAGUGUUAGCUGGGCUCCACAGAGAAAGGAUGGAGGGGCUGAAUCAAUAGCUCCAGGAUGAUAGUGUUCCCUUCUCUCAGCCCACCAUCCCCCAUCCUCCGCCUUGUGGUCCCCCCCUGGAGUGAAGUGGGAAUUAUCGAUUCCUACUCUGCGUGGAAAAACUGUUUCAUGUUGUGUGCACUGCAGCAUGCAUGAUGGGACUAAGUGCAUGUUGGGGAAACACAUCGGUUGGAUUUUAUGUUGUUUCUUCAAAGUGGAUCAAAACAAACAACAUGUUGAAUGACUUACAAAUCACUGAUCUGUGUUCGGCGCCUUCAGAUGCCUGUGAGAGUCUUGAAAAUGGUUUAAUAAGAGAUGUUUUCAUAUAUUCACUGUUGCUUCAUGUAGGUACACCAACACCACGCACUGCAGAGUUUGUAGUCUAAGCUGGUUUUAUUAGAUGGACUUGUAAAGCACAUAGAAUCAACAAGAAAUGCUCAAGAGAGAGCACAAAAGCACAAAUUAGCAAUAUAAUGCAAGGGCUGUAUACAACUGUACAGCUAACUCUAUUCUGUGAUUGCAUAAAUUGGGCUACAGUAAGUAUGAACACAAGUUCUAAAUAGCUUCACAUGCUUAACCUUCAUUUAAUAUUAAUACAGCACUGAAACACGUGCAAAUUAAAUUUACAACAACUUAUUGAUGAAAACCUAGAUGACUGAUCAAUACUCAGAAUAAUUGAAAGAAUAUUGAUCACUGCAACCCUUUGCUCAUACAGUAAAACAAAAAUUUCACAAGACGGCAUGAUUAUUCUGAGUUUGAAAUGAUUUAUGUGAGGGGUCAGGUUAAAAUCUGCAGGUAAGGUAUCCCAAUUUUGUUUGCACCAAGGACACUUUAUAAUCCCUGUUGAGCCCUUCACAGAGCCUAACACUGUCAGGAGGAACACAACCUGAUGAUUAGGCACAAGACAGUAACUGAUUUGAAGUUGUGCUGAGACUUGAAAAGUCACACUAUAAAAACUGUUAAUAAUCUUAAUCAUACCGAUCCCAGAAAAACCUCCACCAGACUCCCCUGUCUGUCAGUCAUAUGUCUUGAGUUUAUCAAUUCACAUGUGGCACAGGAAAUAUGAGCUGAUAUGUUAAAUAGCACGCAUCAGUCAGUUUAGCUUUUUGUAGAGCUGUUCUUGAAGAAGAGAGAGAGAGUAAUAAGUAGUUUGUGAGUUCACAGAGAGAAACCGUUAUGCGAUUUUCAGGAGUUGUUUUGGUGAAUCAUCAGCUGCUCUGUUAGGUAACCUCCCAUGAGUUAUCCUAGUUUGAGAGUACCCGGCUGCAGACACAGCAAAGCUCUGUAAGUGCAUGCACAGCAGAAAAUUUGAUUAGAUCUCAGCUGCUAUUAAGAAUAAAGUUACCAGUAAAUAAACAUUUAGGGAUUGAACUUUAUGUCCAGCAAAGUUAAGAAUCACUUCAGAUCUGUGAACUGAGCAGCUUUGUAAAGGCUUUAACAGUUAGAUCUCCAUCAGUGUGUGUUCCAGCUGUUAUCAAGUAGUCCAGCCUGUUUUUACUGAAUGCAAUCUGCAAAUCAACUAUUUAUGUAACUAUUUAAAUUGAGAUGUUUUUACAUCAUGACCAAUCAGAAUCAAGCUCUGAUUACAGCACUUACAUUUGAGUGAAACCUCUAUGACGUCGUCUUAUUGAGUCACUUUUGUUCAUGUUCAUGUUGCGUUGGUGUCCAAGAGAAGAAGACUUGCUCUGCUGAUGAUAUUAUGAAUUAUCUGCUGCUGCAUGCCGGUUUGGUGGGUGACCUUUGACCCUGGCAACAGCUCAGGGAUGCAGCUGAGCAUAUAGAUCAGAACUUGUCUGGCCUUGUGUUUGGCCUCUGGAUCUCUUUGUGUGGGGGAGGUUCAUUUACAUGUAUUCUGUCAGGACCUGAGGGGAAGGUCACCUGUGUCUGCGGUUCAUCAGAGCCACUUUUUCUGCAUGUAGUAUGUGUGUUUUCAUACUUUCCCCUGUGUGUGUGACUGUGUAUGCAGCAGGAGAGGUUGAAGGUUUUGGUGUGGAUGUUGUGAUUGAAGGUGAAGAGGGCGGAGCAGCUCGAGUGACUGCAGCUGUUAUUUGUGCCUCUUUGUUUCAGGUGGUGUUGACCUGUUAGAAAAGAGGGGAUGAGCAGAUGAAGUGGUUAAUGGUCUUUGUGCAUUGAAUUAGUCAGUCUGAAAUAAAAAGAGAGCAUAGUUGCAUUUAGGCCUGACUCUUACUGAGCAGUUUCAGUUGUUUCUGUAAUCCAACAAUCCUCACAUGAGCAGGAACAUGAAUUAAUGAAGCACUUCUCUCUGCACAGACCCUCAGGCCUGCCCAGCCCUGCACAGUUUAUGUUUUUCUGAAAGCUGCUUUUUGCUGCAGUGAAAUACAGUAGUGUGUGAGAGGAAAGAGGGAACAGGACUCCCAUCCUGCAGGCUGCUGUAUCGAUCAGCCGUCUACUUUAGCUGUGUGUGCUGCAAACUCUGAAAGCAGAGCAAAAACCAGCAUGUCCUUUCACAAUGAUACUUUCUUUGUACAAACCCAAGGUCCUCCUUUUGAUAAUUUGAGAUCUGUGUACACCAUCUGCUGAUUUUUCUUUCUAAAAAUCUGCGUUUUAAGCAUCUCUGCACUCAGAUAUUCUCAUAGGUUGUCUCCAGACAGGGGAAUUGUGUUUCAGGAACAGUGUCUUUCAUGCUCAUCAUCUUUGCACACAAGGGGAGGAGCUGCCUCAUAUCUAGAUAACUAGGGGACACAAUAUCCUGCAGCACUUUCAGUGCGCAUACGCCCACAUGCAUAAACACAACGUGCACUUGUACUGUGUGUGACACAGUAUCAGGGUCAGAGGAUCUGUCUCUGUCAGUUCUACACUGUUAGGGUUGUAAAGCAUUGGACAGGUUUUAAAUCAUCCUCUACUUACCCUAUUAAAUCACCCCUAUCCUCCUUCAGGUCGGAGCUGUUGUCAGAAUAUUAGUAACAGUGACAAGCAUGUUUAGUGUGUGAUUUUUGUGUUUGAAAUGGCUUCAAACUUAACGAGAGUCAAAGAACAGGAAUUAAAAAAUAAUGGAUAUUGCACAGUGCAGCUGGCCUCGCAGCCUAUGCAUGUGUCCCAUCCAUAAAGGUUAUGAUCUUUAUGUUUAUUCCAGCCUGUGGCACUCUCCCCAUUUUCUGAUUCAUCCACUGUCCACCAAAUGGAGAAAAAAGUCCUGGUAAUACAUUUCAAUCAAUUUUAACAUCUUAAAGGUGGGGUAGACAGAAUCUGAGGAAGUGCCAGUUAUUGGGAGAAAUUAUGAAUGUAAACACUACCCCUAACAACCAGUUUUCUCCUCAGCUCCUCCUCUUCCCUCCCUCUCUGCUCCAGCAAGCCCCGCCCACAAACAAUUAUCGUUUUAAUGAAAUUCAGAUAUAAUGCAGAUAAAUACUUCAGAUAAUUACAAAUGGGGCCCAGCCAUCGUGAAAGUAAAAAGCAUUGGUGCUACUGUAGAUGCCACCAGACUACCAGCAAACACAAUGUUUGCAGGACUUCUACAACUAGGAUAAAGUGACAUAGUCCAGGACCUGAGGUAAACUGUUUAACGGAGCUACAACACGCAGCAGGUCCCGUUUGACAAGAAACACCUCCGUUACAGACACUUAGCUUACUGUGUUCAAGCAGUUUACCUGUCUAGCAGAAAGGUUACAGGGUCCGUAAGACCCUGACACCUGUCACAUUGUUUGUGCUGAUGUUGAUCUGGCUUUUUAGCUCUUGUCCGGUCUACCUCCUUUUUAAGCGCCAGUUAUUUUGCCAGAGUUUCUGGUAUUUACUUGUGUUGGUGGUCAUGGCUAAAGGAGGAUUCAGACAUUUUUCUGUACUUUUUGGUUAGUUUCUACUGUCCGAUAUUGUAGCACCUUAACUUUGUUUGGGCUCAUGAACAUUAUUCAAGGACAUGGACCGUGCCUCACAACAUGAGAGAGCAGCGUCUGCUUCACAACCAAUCAGGACGGGGGAGGCAUAGAAUGGCUUUGUUUACAGUCAGAAAGAGCGGGCCACUCAAAAAUUUUAAAAUGUUGACGACACAGACAUGACAAAACAUGCGAUAUUGUGAUAUUACCAAAUGUCAUCGAUUACUAAUAGCUAUUGACUGAUAUUAAAAGCUCUGUUGUAUAUACACCACAAAAAAAGAUGUUUCUUUGACGGAAUCCUGCCUACCCCACCUUUAAUUUUAUCCUGUUUGAGUCACUGUUUAUCCCCUCAGGACUGCAGGCUGGAUUCAAACCCUGGCUGGUCUGCAGGAUGCACAGAAGCUCAGAGUCACCCAGAGGCCCCAUGAGCCUGAACCAGGAGGGAGUCUAUGUGCAGGCUGGCCUUUUUAUUGUGGUGCCUGACUGUUUGUGUGGCUGGACUGAGUCCUCUUUAUCAGCUUGGUGGAGACACACCACAGAGAGAGGGGAGACAAUGUUAUCAGUUCAUCUGUCUGCUGUCACUCAGUCUCCCUCUCCCUCUCUGUUGUCUCUGCAUGAGUCUGCAGACUCUCUCUCAGAAUACCAAUCAGUCUCUGAGCCUCGAAUCAUCCUUUUCUUUAUAUUUUUCACGGCUGUCCUGCACGUUCACUUACUCUCGCCUUUGCUUUUCCUGUUAAUUUGCGGCUCUCUGUCCCGUGGAGUGCUUCUGUCCUCAUUAUUUAAACAAAGAGGCGGAGGCUGGAGGACCAAAGGAGAGAGAGAGUGCUUCAGUCUCCAUCCUCCCUACAUUAGUGCUCUAAUUCUUCAUCACCUCAGGCGAGUCCCUGAACACUUGAACGACUUAGGAGACUCAGCGCUCACAGUAGUUAAGGAUCAGAACAGAAAUGCUCUGUUGUCAUUUUGGAGGAUUAUCACGGGGGAAGAAACCUCUUAAAACAGGAUUCCAGACAGAAAUAGAUCAAAACAUCCGUCUGAAAGUGUUUUUCCUCUGAGAGAUCAGAAGAUUGUCUGCUGUUUUAUCAGAGCUCAGGGAUCAAGAGGACUGGAAUGACUGAAAUCUUUCAUUAAGCUGUAUUGGGCCUGUUGAUUUACAGUUUAUAAACCUGUUAGCUACUGAAACAGUCACUCCAUAGUGUUCAAUAUAAAAUCAAUAAAUAAAGGGUAAUAUUGCAUUCAUCAUAAAUGUCGGUCAUGUCCUUUAAUCCAUAGAAUAACCCAGUUUUCCUGUUUCAGAACAAGACGUCUUUAAAAAAAACUAACAGCGUGAAACAGAAUAACAAAAAGAGCAGAAAAUGUUGAAAAGUGGAAAAAAGUAAAAUACACCAAUGUUAGGGGUUUCUGUUUUAAGACAUGGUUAUUGAUCGAUGGUGAAGAUAUUGUGGAUUGUAACAGUUCGGUUUGUAAACUAUUUUAUUGUCUCUCUUCAUUGUUGAACUGGGAGACAUUAUACUACAUUUCUAGACGUGUAUUCGUCAUGAAACAGCUGCAAGUUAGAAAAUGAGAAAAGCGAGAAAAAGUAGAGCAACACAACAGCUGAGAUGACCCCUAAAAAAUUGAUAGAUCUCAGGGCUGGGCGAGAUGGCCUCAAAUCAAUACUACGAUGUAUUGGACAGUUCACCUUGAUAACGAUAAAUGGACAAUAACUACUCCACAAGCUGCUCACCCCCUCCCACAUAAACUUCGUCUACUUGAGUUGCUACAACUUUUGAACCGUCCUCCAUCUCCUCACCUGUCUUUUCCUCUUUGUUAAGGACUGGAUGGGGUUGAUUAACGUCUCCAACAUAGGACAGCGUCUUAAAGGGACAUGAGAUCAUAGCCUACCUACACACAUCCAAAACCAACUUUUAUUUAUUUAUUUCAUUGACACCAAAUAUAUUGACAUGGGCAAAAUGACGAAGUUAUUGUCUUAAAUUUCGGUAUCAAUACAUUUUCGGUUUAUGGCCCAGCCCUAAUAGAUCCGCAAUUUGGCUGCAUCUAGGGUUGUGACAAGGUUGACAAGGCUGUGCGCAAGAUUUGUAUGAAGUCAGUGACAGUAAUGGAUGGAACACUUCAAGUUAAAAGGGUCCACCUCGGGAUCAUUCACCUGCAACAGGAAGCUACAGAGACCUCUGAGCAAAAGAUGUGUGCACAGUUUACAAAGACAUGCACACAGGCUAAAAAAAACAGUUGUCUUUAAAUAUUAGGUAACCUUGUCCCUGUGAACAUGCAGUGAAUCAUGUAUGGGUAUAGAUGUGUCUCUGUUAUUCAUAAAUUUGACAUUUUUAACGAAUCUGUCCAUUUUAGUCUUUUGUUCUUUCUUUCUUACUCCUCCUCGUCUCUGUAGUCUCUGAGCUCUCCUUCCUCUCUCAGAGCUUUUUAUAUUUUUAUCCCAGCCUGGUGGCUCUCUUCCCCUCUCUAAAUGAAUGCCAGGAUCAGAGACGAAAACCACUCAAGUGCAUGUCCGAGCGCGCCUGUAGCCAUGUGUAUUUCUUUUUUCAGCCAGUAUUUUGGUGCUGGGACAGCCUGAAAGGGUUUGGCCAUGUGUUUUUGUGGUUGACUUGCUUGUGAUCUGCUGCAGGGCACAUUACCAAGCAUAGAGAGCUGCACAUGACACAGUUCCAGCUGGUACAGUCUGUGCUCCAGAGUCUGCUGAAGCUGAUCACAGUAUGCUUUUCAGUAGCACAGAUGAUACUGCUGUUCUUCACGGUGAUAUGAUGACUCUGUCAAAAACUCUGUCAUUUGAGGUUGAAUGACCAGUGCUAUCAUGUCUUAUUCUUCUGAUUCUCCUGCCAUUCAUUUGUUGAUUCCUCAUGAGGAACGUGGGCAAAAAAGCUGUUUGUGGUUUUAUUACUAUGUGCAUCUCUGUUGCAUGAUAAUUUUUGUUUUGAUUGAUUUUAUCAAUCAACAAUACAGAGGGGGCAGCUGAUGUGUGCAGUACGUGAGCCAUAAAUCUGUAGGGAGACAAUGUGUUUCGUGUCAUAUAAUCAGAUACCAUACUGUGUCAAAUCAUAUCAUAUAUUAUAUUGUAUCAUACAUAUCUCAUAUCGUACAAUUUUAUACACCAUGUCAUGUGAAAUAAUAGAAUAAACAAAAGUAUCAUAAACUUGAUUGAUUUAAAAUCUAUCUAAACAUGCCUCUGGCUGAAAUAACCAGGUCUAUUAGAUUUUAAAGUAUAUGGAUCAAUGGCUGUAAUGCUUGUUAUUUCUAAGGAGUUACCUGUCAUAAAAUGCAGAAAACAACAAAAGUGUGCUUCCAGUUUCAUAUAUUAGGCAUUUAUUUACUAGCUCUUCAAAUAUCAACAUCGCCAUCACCGGUGAGAAAAAGAAAAAAAACGUACAUAAUGUAUACAUAUGUAAUGCAUCACACCGAAUCGUAUCAUGUUGUAUCGUAUCUUAUUAUAUCAUAUUGCACCAUAUUAAACUAUAGCAUGCCAUGCUAUAUCAUAUAUAAAUAUCAUAUAUCUCAUCUUAUGCUAUUAAAACAUAUGUCAUGCUGUCAUGUCAUGUCUUAUCAUACUGAAUCAUAUAUCAUAUCACACCAUAUUGUAUCAUGUUAUAUUAUAUCAUGUGAUUUUAAGGAAAUCAUAUCAUAUACUACACCGUAACUUUUAUACAACACCACAUAAAACCAUGUCUUGUCAUUUUAAAUCUUAAUUAUCUUUAAAAUAGUGUUAGGGUGUGAAUAAUAAACUUUUUUGUCACUAAGUUCUUCUCAAUUAUCAGAGGGAAAGGAAAAAAACAACAACAGAAUAUAAACAGAAACAAGAGACUGGUCUGAGGAGCAACCAGCAAACCCUGAUCAGAGGACCUCAGAGUCCUGCUGGAGUCAUAUGGCUUCAUAACAGAUCUUUUUACAUAUCUUAUAUCAUGUCACAUAAUUUAUUAUUCCAUGAGUCAUAUGAUGUCACAUCAUAUAAGGUUUUAUAUCAUAUAAUAUCAAACAGUAUCAUAUCACAUAUUAUUUAAUAUCACAUUCUAUGUCAUUUAUACCAAAAUGUUUAAUAUCACAUUUCUGUAUAUUAUGAUUCAGCACAUUUUAAUAUAUUACAUGAUAACCAUAAAGUUUUUCAUCUUAUCAUGUCAUUAUAUUUCAUUUAGCAAAAUAAAGACACCACACUCUCUCUGGAGAUGUAGGAGGAUUGAUGGACACAGGGAUCAGUUUGAGAGGGUAUGUAAGAAACAAAGAGUUGCAUGGGAUCUUGAUAACAAACUCAGAGCCCAGCUGUCUCGCUGUCCAACGUUCAAUGUCCAUUCAGCCGUGCACAGAUGGAGCAUGCCGGAGUGAACGGCAUUCUGGGAAACAAUCCAGACAUCUUUCUUAUCUGGAGCACAUUUGAGCCAAAUUGAAUCACUUUAACACACCACAUCAGUUUAACUAAACCGACCCUGUGUCCUGUCGGCCUGUCAGCUUCAGAGUGAACACCGUGUUUGUGAAAAGGUGGCAGAUGCGACACUACUGUGAGUAUUUUAUCUAUGAAGCCCAUUAUCCUGAGCUAUAGAUUUUUUUUCCUGCUUUAGUAAGGAAAUAAUAGCCUAAUACUAUCAGAGGAAUAACAGGCAUCACUGCACUAAAAUGGAUUUCAGUAAAGAGGAGUGGAAAGAGGGCAAUUCACAUUUAGCCUCCUUACUAUCUAUAGAGCACUUACGGCACAUUUGCUCAGUGUUUACGCAGACAGUGAUUCAUGAAUAGAGGAGCUUUCUACCAGCUCGGGAAAAUGUAAAUAAAGGAUAUAAAUGGUGCUGUGGAGCAGGCCUGUGCACUCAGGGUUACAAUGAUAUCCCCGUUGAUUCAGUGCACACAAAAGCCAGUGUUGGGGUGCUGAAUUAUUGCACUAUUUUUAGUGAUACGCACAGAUUUUUUGUGAAUUCAGCUGAAAAAAUGUGCUUAUAUGAUGCUUCUAUUUUUAAAAAGGUACAAAUUCGUCAGCGUCUGUUUUAAUUGUAGGUUCUGUCAUUGUGACCUACCUCCGCUCCUGCAGGGCUGCGAUUACCCAGCUUCCCCCUCUCUGUUGAAAAUGUGCUCAUGUGUUUUUAUAGAUGACAGAUCUCUUGACUUGGCACUUUUCCCCAUGGCUGAGAAGCACAUGGGGAUGUAUCUGUGUCCUUGUUAGAGGACAAAUGAUGCUGGUACAAGGUUUCCCAUAAAGCUGUCUCAGUGACUCAUUAUGGAAAUUGGCUUUAAAUACAUCAGAGUUUCUUUAGAGUUUUAAAUAUAUUGAAGACACUGAAAGAUAAUGUAUGUGUGGAAUUUUCUUUCACUCCUCUCUGGUUUUAUGUUAAAGGAAGUCAGCUUCUUUGAGUCAAGUUAAUCAGGGGGUCUGCUCUAAUUCCCUCUUUAGUGACAUGCAUACCUUCAGGUAGGGGUGCUACUAGUUACACAGCUGACUUGUGACUUUCUACUUAAACACAUCAGACUCGAGCCAGCAACGCCCCUCCUCUUGCUGUGCCUUUAAAACUGCAGAAAACACACAUUGGUCUGAGUUAUGUUAAAGCAUGGAUUGAUUGUAAAUCCAAUUAAACAAUCACUCUGAGCAGCAGAAACGAGAGUGAUUUUCCAAAUCAAAUUAUGAGUGCGUUUAUGGACAAGGCACAGCAGCAUUAACUUCAUUAGUUUAUUAAAACUGAAGAUAUCCUGACAUUAUUGGAUGGAAUCUACCAUCUGUUGCUGUUGCGUGUGCUUGACAUCAAAGAAUAGUCGAACUUCAACCUUUCCAAUUUUGCUGCUGAAUCACAUGGAUGGAUUCUGCACUGCAUGCACAAUGGGUACUGUUUAAUCUUUGUUAGUAUCUGUGGCUUAUUGUAGGCGGCAUAUAUAGCAAGCAGUUGUGCAGAUUUACAAAAUAUCAUGGUGACAUUCUCAGUCCGAAGUAUUUGGCCUAUGCAAGGUUGAGAUGAGCCUCAAUGAAGAUGGCAUUUAGGGUAGCCUCAUCUUUCAGCAGUCUGAAAUCACCACUGUACUGUGUCAUGGAGUUUUGAAUGACAUCUUCAAAACACUAAAACACUAAUCCAAAAAAGCCCAUUUUACAACAUGGUAAAAAAAAGUAUCUAUCUAUCUAUCUAUCUAUCUAUCUAUCUAUCUAUCUAUCUAUCUAUCUAUCUAUCUAUCUAUCUAUCUAUCUAUCUAUCUAUCUAUCUAUCUAUCUAUCUAUCUAUCUAUCUAUCUAUCUAUCUAUCUAUCUAUCUAUCUAUCUAUCUAUCUAUCUAUCUAUCUAUCUAUCUAUAGUUGUGAAAUCCAUCAUGUGGUUGGCUGGCUGACCAUCUGGACAUAAAGUAACUGUGUGUGUGCGCGUGCGUGCCAUUCAUAAAAAUCUUCUUAUGCCUUAUAACUCUGACUCCUGAUUUCCUGUAACUUCUCAAACAUUGUUGCAGCUGACAGAGAUUACGGCUCGACAGGAUGUGCGACUGAUAUUUAAAUCAUUUUGAUUUUUCCCGAGUGAAACUGAGCAAAUCAACUAUUGUGUGUCUAAAUUGGUCUUUGAAAUCUGUCUUUCUGCACAUACACAGUAUAAUUUUUUCUGUUUAUGAUUUUUCUGACUUUUCUGUGAUUGCUGUGAUCAAAUAUGCCAGAUUCCUUUCCAGCUCUUGUAACAUGUUGCAUGCAAGUUGAAGUCAUUUUAGCUUUUUUGUCUGGGGAAAAAAAUGUAAACCCUCAAUAAAAUUGAGGUAAAUUGUUAUGGCUUUUUCCCUGGACAUGCUCACUUCAGUGUUAUCCAAUGAGAAAACAAUAAUCUGCUUGUCCUCUGUUGCCCUGGUGGUUAUUUCAGAAGCCUCACUGUCCUUAAAUGAUAGCUGGAAAACUCAGCAAAGCUUGUGAGGAAAUUUGCAGAAAAAUUGUGGCUAUUGGCCAACAACACUUCGUUGGAAAGAAGAGCAAACUUGCAAUUUGUUUCCAGAUUCGGUGUCUAUUUGAAUGAACACUCACUCACAAUUUUGCAUUAAUCUUGUCACUCUUUCAUAUGAUUAACAGCUAAUGAAGCCUUCCCUAAGUGCUCCCAUUAUUAAUGCAUUAGAUAAUCUCAUUAAAAUCCACCUUAAUGAGAAGUUGAAUGCAGGAGAGUGCAUGAACAAAUCAUUAAAAGUGUUUUUUUAAUCUUUGCUUGUGUCCAUAUUUCUGCACUUUACUCUCAGCUUUACUCUCUGACCUUUUAAGUUACUUUAAUAUUUUCUGUAUUUACGGCUGAGUAAGAAGCGAAUAAACGUGUUUCAUGCUCUGCAGCAUUUACAGUAAAGUCUGAGUUCAUUUGAACAGCCCUUCCUAACUUAGCUUUUAAAACACACAAAAACCAACCACAAAUACACCAGGGGCUGUAAGAAUAUUUGCAACAUGAGACAAAAAACAACAGGCAGUUAAAUGUUAUUUAACAGGAGACUAAGAUUACAUGACUGUUCCCUCUCUAAGAGCUUUUCCAGUUAGCGUCAUAUCUCUAUAAAUAUACUUUUUUUAACAUUUCUGCUGCAGGCUGGGAACCCUGGGAAUCAACGAAUUCAUUAACAUUUGGUGGAAAUUAAUUGCUGUUGCAGAAAAAGUUCACUUUUCUUCUCCCUCCUGGGUGUUAAAUUAGACUCCUGCUGUGUAUAUGCACACAAACAAACAAGACGCACACUCACAGGUCCUCCCCUGACUCCUCAUUAGGAGCUGCAGCAGACGGGGAAGGAUUUCAGGGUUGCACAGGCUCCUCCUUCUUUCACAUUGGUGCAGCACUGGGUUUUUGUCUGCCCCUCUUUCCAUGGCCUCGGGGAUGAAUAUCUAUAGGAGACAGUUCUUUUGUCUGGACUUUAUCCACAGAGCCACAGAAGGCCUAGGAGCCUCAAGGUUGAAUGCAUUAUCAGGUUUUCAGUACACAGUGUGGAGCGGGCCGCCUAUCAGAGACUCCAUAUGAAUAUCAUCCUGAGGAAAUGUUUUAAACUUUAAUCUCCCACAUUUUCCUCACAUCCUGUUCAGCUUGUAAGAUGUUUGCCAAUCAGGACACAGAGACAAGGCCACAACAAAUAAUGAUGCAGCGUGCACAGGAUUGCAAUUACCUAAAAAAAAAAAGGCUGGGCCGCCACAGUGAUAUUUUUAGCCCAGGAGAGGCUGAGCUGCAGCAGCAUCGGGAGGGUCAGAGCACGCUGUGAAUGCUGAACCUGGGUUCUCUGUGUUCACUGUGCUCUACUUUGAGAAGAGGCAGAUGGAGCGUCUGACUUCAAGGAGCACAGCUCAGCCCAUGAAGGAGGCAUGUCAUGAAACCAUCUGCCCAGUCGUACGCUUCCAAGUUCUGCUGAUUUGCCAUGGAUGGGUUACUCUUGAAGCAAAACCUACAACUGAGACAGUUUGUCUGUUACUGUUAGCUUCUGUCUUUAGGUUUUUAGGAACAUGCAGACGGUCCGUUUCUAGAAUUUAAUGACAGUAUUACCAAUGUACACCCUGUCCUUGAGGUUUUUAAUCUGUAUAAAGUGCAAAAUAUAACUACUUGUCUUGCAUGCUAGACUUUUCUGGCAACAUAACUUGUGGAGAGAGAAUUGAAAAAACUAUUUUCAGCAGUGCCAAGAUUGAAAAAUGACUGCAUGAGUCCAAGUUGGCACUGAGGAUGUUGGUGGUUUUUCAGGAUGUCUGGCCAGUUCCUUCAGUGGUGGCACUAAUUUCUUUGACAAUGUGAACGAAACAAAGUAAUGACAAUAAAGGAAUGUAUGUUUCUCCUAAAUAUCAUUCUUGUGUAUCAAAAUUAUGGCUGUUUUUUCAUCUGUUAUUGAUACUCUGGCUACCCAUAAAAUACAAACAAUGGAAACAGACAUUUAAACAUUUAUGUUACUGUGCUGCAUAUACAUUACCAAAUGGUCAUACUGGUGGCAUACCAGUGGGAGGACUGGCACAGCAGGCUGCAAAGCCACCAGCAUCUGCUGCUGAAUUACCAGCAUAUGGCAAAGGCCACAGUUGGAUCAUGAUGUCACUCAAUAUUUUUGCAAACAUGCAUCACUGAUGAUGGCAAAUACAGGUUAAAACACUGAUAUUGAACUGUAUUUUAGUUACAUUCUUACAAAUCUACUUGCAGUGUAGAUGUAGACUGAAGAUGUACACAUUAAACUGACAACAAAUGUAUGUCCUCACCUUCGUUAGUCAAGCUUACAUGUUGAUUGAAGGUAUUAUUAAUGUUGUGUGUGUUAUAGACCUGAAAUACCAAUCAUAUAUUUUGUUAAACUGUAGCACAGCCACCUGCCACUAGCAGGACCUGUAGCUAACUCCACUAGUACAAAAGACACAGUCAGCUUUUGCAAGUGUCCCAAAAGGUUUAACUUGUCUUCAUACGUGAGGACUUUUAUUGAUAACACACCUGAUUCAAAUGAUUAGCUCGUUAUUAAGCAAUUACAGAGCUUGAUAACGAGCGGAUCAUUUGAAUCAGGUGUGUUGAAGCAGGGAAACAUCCAAAACAUGCAGGACAGUGGGCCUCGAGGACUGGACUUGAGAACCACUGUGCUAAAGUAUGCUGACUGAGCCAUAGCUAAAGCUUUUUAUUUAGCAUGAGACUGACUGAUCAUCUCAUCUAACCCCCUUUUCAAGAAAAUUGUCCUAGUCUGUUUUUAAAUACGAUGCACUGUCACCUUCAGAAAUCUCUGCACUGAGAAACUUGGUAUCUCUAUUUUUAAUGAUUUUUUUUUUCUUUUUUACCUCUUUAGUCUUUGCAUAAAUCUUUUCUCUGUCCUUCACCAUGAUCCUAGAAAUGCAGUCUUCAGGUCUCAGCUGUUGCUGGGAGGUCUGCCUGCCCUGGACUCUGACAGUCCGUCAUCUAAAGACAGCAUGCAAGCUUAUUCAGCCACUCUGUGCUCUGAAUUAAUCAGCUGUUUUGUUCCUGAGGCCCUCCUUCCUAAUGAUUCACUACAAUCAGACUCGGCCUCCCUGUAGAGCGAGGGAGGGCAUGAGGGUUAGGAAAUGAAAGAGUGUGAAAGAGCGAGAGAGAGAGAGAAGAGACGUGGUGAGAGAGGGACAAUGAGGCAGAAUUAUUCCACAGUUUUUCCUGCAUGAUUGAGUGAGAGUCCUGAAGGACAUUUAUAAUGGCUGAAUGGUGGAGUAUUCAGAGUGUUUACAGGCUCUUUUUUUCAUACGCUGACUGUUUCGUUGGUCAUACAGUGGGACAAAGAGUUUAUUGAAUUUGAAUAAAGAAAGAUUAAUAUCUUUAUUUUCUAUUUAUUAACAUGAUUUACAUCAUGAACUGUAGAUUCACAGUAAAUUUAUAAUGACAGAAAGAGCUGGAUUUAUAGUUAAACACACUUUAUCUUCUGUAUAUCAGGACAGUGUCUGGGCAGACUGGGCGCAAACUAAAUGCAUCAGGUUCCCUCACAAGUAUUUGUUUGGCUAAUGAGAUGUUAAUUCGAGGAGAGCUAAUUGACCAAUCAACCACCAGGAGGAUGUCAGGCCUGCAUUUUUAUUCUGGUCUUUUUCUCAUGAACCUGUUUUUAAAUUGUAAUUAACUUACUGGAAGUUUAUUUUCUAUCUUGUUUUUACUCAAUAUUACCUUUUCAAGUUCAGCCGAAUCAUUCUGUCUCUCAUGUCAUCUGUCUCGCUCUGAAGAUUGUGUGUGAAUAAAAAAGAAAGUAGACUUCUUAACUGCAAACAAAUUCAACCUAUAGGUAGAAAUAAAGUACUUUGACCCUCCUAACUCAACUCAACCCAAAGUAGCUUAACUAAACCUAAACUAAGCUCUUGAAUUAAACCCAAAUUUACUUGACAAAAGUCCAGUCUAACCAAACGUAAAUAAAUCCAACCCAACUUAACCCAACCUUGCAUAUUAUGAUCCAACAAAACUUGAUCUAAUUACACAUGUAACCAAACCAUAACCAAACACACUAAACCUAAAUUUAACUGAACUUGACACAAGCCAACUCAAACUUACCCAAAAUCAUCAAUGUCCCAUCCAGAAUCCCGAAACAAAAGCUGAGUGUUAAAACCAAAAAACAUUCAACCUGUAAAAGCUAUCCAGGAAAAAAACAAUACGAGUCACGAUCUGUUGCGUCAUUGCCUGUUGAUGGUAGUAUUUGUAUUGCACACAUGUAUAAAAGUAAUUGAGGGUCAUGCCCCACCAUAGCUCUGAUACUGUGUACAAUUCUGCAGAAACAACACAAGAGAGACUAGGACAUCAAUACGCAGUGGCUGUUUUUGUUCGAUUCAAGAAGAGUGCUUUUGGACAGUCAGCAUUUUCAGUGAGAGCACAUACUCCAUUAUUUUAAAAGUAAAUCUUUGAAUAUGUGCAUUGGACCAGUUUGUUCUGCAGUGUGUCUAUGGAGGGAAGAAGGAGAAACUCUAACUGGUAAAUUUUGCACUUAAAGCUCUGGAGAUCAAGGUUUGUAGGUUACUUAUUGUUGUAGUGGCUCUAUGUAACCAGGAUGUCCUGCUUCACACACACAGCGUGAUCUUCACUGAAGUAGAUUUCUGACUGAAACAAAUCACCCCUGACUAAUGGUUGGAUAUAAGUGUACUGAGUGCAGACUGUUUGCUGGUAAAUCAGAAGUGAAUAAAAGCUGAAAAAUGACCAGUAAUGUGAAAAGAAAAGGCUGCUGCACACUGGAGCUCAUGUGGAUGACUGUUCUUAUAAAUGAUUCAUCCGUGGCAGAAAAUAAUGUUAUUGUGUUGUGGUAGGAUUGGGAGGACUUAAGUGAAUUAUUAAUACUCUGGUUGUCCACAAUGUAUGACUCCCUUGUGAUUUAGGCUCCACGGUCAAUUUGCUGUAGUAACCCUGCGCAUGAUAACUCUAAUAACUACCUAUGCUGUGUUGUUUACAGUUUCAUGCCGCCAUCAUAAACCAUCAAGUACUUUUUAGAGGUAAAAGCAUUGAUCCAUGGUCUUCUCUUAGAGGCUAGUCCAGGAAAACAAACUCAUUUUUCUGCUGAUGUGCUGGAAAGUGGAGGACAGUUCAAAGUGUAUAUUGAGCUGCUCAGACAGCUGCUGCUUAUGUGAAGAAACUGUGUCCAAAGACAUUCCUGCACUAUAAACGACAUGUUUUUCCUUAAACCACCAUGUUCUAGUCCAUUUGUAUCAGUGUUAGUUUAGUGCUGCAGGUCGCAUAUGGUGGCCUGUUCUGCUGUUGAUGCAUGCUUUGAUUUUCUCAAUCAAGCCUCGGCUCCUUUGUCAUGACAAGUCAGCUCCCUGUGCCGUGAAAACCUGUGUCAGGAAAAUGGGAACAGAGUGUCUAUUGAUCACAGUGAAACAUCAUCCCACAUUGACAGGAAGCAGGUAUCCUUAAGGGACGAGCCCUGCGGCGUGUGUGCAGUCAUUUCUGAUGGUGGUCAAACUUACAGCAGGAGAGCGCCUAGUGGCCAUAACUCUACAAGAUGUGCUAGCUGGACUCUACUUGCCAGUGGGCAUAAAUCUCUGCCGUGGAUUAGGAUGUUGAUGUUAUAUGACAGGAUUUAGAUCAGUGUCAGUUCAAUUCUGACUUUGUAAAAGAUGUUUGUUGGUUGUUUCGGCGUUUUCUCUGACUGUCCUUGUUUAUUCUUCUUCCCCCAGGCGUUUGGCCAGGCGUACACCAACCAGCGUAAAGUGGCAGAGGACGGGGAGACCAAUGAGGAGACCUUGCUGCAGGAGUCGGCCUGUAAGGAGGCCUACUACAUGGGCCGACUGCUGGAGCUGCAGACGGAGGUGACGCUGAGCCGCUCCGUGGCGUCGAACACUCAGUCUGAGAACGAGAGGCUCAAUGCGCUCGUGCAGGAGCUGCGAGAGGUGAGCUGCUUGAAGAUGACAGAGUGACCCAUCAGAUCUAUGAUCUCACUCGUGCAUUUUCAUAUAGAUUUAUUUUAAUAGAGCAGCAGUUAUUUUAUGUAUUAAAAUUUUUCAGCACGUUAGCUUGUGGUGGACAAAUUACACAGCUGAUUAAUGGAGUCAAACAUCCUCCUGGUCAGAUAUUCCUCCAUCACCAGUGUAAGUUACUCAGGCAAAUUAUCACUUAAUUGCAAACUCAAGUACUUGCUUUUAAUGAUGAAAGAAAAAAUCCCCCCUUUUUAUUUUUAAAGUAAAAAUAGUCACAUGGUGUUUUCAAGGAGUGACAGCUGACUGCAUAAGCAUUCAACAAAAUCUUCCCCUCCAAAUGGAUUAUCUUUGAUGUUUAUAAAAUCAUUUAAUUUAGUAAUUUCCUGAGUUAUAAACAAAGUAUUGUACAUCCUACCUGGCUGUGCUCGCUGUGUUCAUUAAGUGACAUGAGUUCAGUGAGGAUGACAGGGACCAAAGCGACACGCUGAUGGACAGAAAGAGGUCAAGCCUCACAGAAACAACAUGUGUGUGCUGACAUGCAAAGCAUGAACGCAUGCUUUCAUACGUGUCUGCAGCCACUGUGUCGCGCUGCACUGGAGUUCGAUUGAGGGUCAGACGCUGCGGCCACGACCCCAUUGUUGUGGGGCAAAUCCGGUGCUAAGCUGCGGACUAGGUAAAAUGCCCUGAGCUCGGCACAUGUGUAGGAACAGAGGGAGCCAUGCUGCUCUCUAAACACACAACAAACAGGAGCGUGCACACUUGCACACACACACACACACACACACACACACACACACACACACACAUAUUUCCAUUAUUCAGAGUGAGCAGGCAGGGUUAUGUUUAACACAGCUGCUCUGUCAGGAAGGAUUUUCAACCUCAUGUCACUUAUUGAAUCUGUAUUUUCCUGUAAUAUUGAAAUGUUCUUGAGCUCACACACACACACACACACACACACACGCGCGCGCACGCAUUCACACACGCACACGCACACAUGUUCUCCUCAUUUGCAUACGUGAUGCUCAUUUAAAAGGAGGGCUCGUCUUUCAUCCUGAAGAAACAGGUGUUGAAUCCUCUCAGGGGGCUUCAACUGUCACAUAAAGCUUUUUAUCAAAACGCCGCUGCAGCAAACUUUCACAGAUAAAAUUAUCAAAAAGAGGCAUUAAUAAAGACAAAUCAAAGACAGUCCAGUCACAAAAUCUUUGAAAAGAUUUGCUUUUAGAAGUGAAAAGCAUCAAAACACUUCACAAAACACAAAAACCUUACAACUUACUUUUUUAUUUUCAUAAUUAGGUGAGUGCGAGUGGAAAAUAAACAACAACACUGUACAAACAAAGAAAGGAAAAAAAAGGCAGCUGGCAGUUGAAAAACAUAAACAAAACCUACAUAAUUACUUGCAAAUGUUGCUUGCAGUACAUUGAUUAUUCUCUGAUGUCAGAUGAUGUUUAAUCGUGUGUGUGUACCUAAACUGAUAAGUAAGAAGAAGUUCUUUGAAUGAAUGAACCAAUUAAUUAAUUCUUCAUUAAUGACAAUAUUAUGUUUCAUAAAAAAUAAUAAAUAUAAUACUUACAGCACAAACAAGAUGGAAAAAGAAAUUGAUCCAUAAAAUUAUGAACAGAUCAAAUUUAAAAAAUAAAGAUAAUGAUAAAAAUAUAAUAUUAUAUUAAUAUUAUAAUAGCAGUUGUGUAAUGAAGCUACAGUCUAUUUUUAAAAUUAAUGGAGACAAAAUAUUCUUUAUAACUUUAAUGUAAACAAGUGUAAGAAUGAUAGAAACCGAAGAAGAUUCAGAAAAAAUUAAGAAAAAAAAGUGAAAAAAUGGUGAAUGUACUGUAAGUGCUGGCUUUUUGGUGUAAGAUUAAGAUGUGUUUGUAAAGUAAGAUUACAUGCAUAUUUUGGUGGCAAAGUAUUAAAUGUAUUAUAUGUACUGUAGUGUGUGGGUGUCGAGUUUGAUCGUAAAGGUGUGUUUUGUUCACAGUGUCUGAUAACAGGAAAAGUAAAGUUUCAAACUAUAAUAGUAAGGAAUGGGGUCCAUAUUUGAAACUCACUUUAAAAAGUCUCGACUAUCUGUAAUAAGAAUUCUGCUUGGUUGGUCUCCCUCCUGUGUUUACAUCUUGUUUUUAUUCCCUGUUACCGCAGCAACAGUGGUGGCGCUGAUGAAUGACCAGGAUAUCUGGACUGGUGCCUUAUUUUCUUUUGUGUCAUGAAUCCAAUAAAGCUGCCACCGUCCCGGUCUGUGCUGUGAACUCUGGAUCAGGGGGGCAAGUUGCACAUCCAGCUCUGCCCUGUGGCAGGCUGGCUGCCAGCACCAUGAGCCGCACUGUCCCUGACCCCGACCGCCGAAGCCCCUGAUCAGCUCUGUUUCUAUUGAGCCUCACUGAAUGAUAAUUGGCUGCUAAUCCUUUACACUUCAUACCCAGCUCAGUGUAAUUCCCCCGCAUUGACAUGAAUAUGUAAUCAGACAACAUGUUGCAGUCAUCAAUGAAGGUCAUUAUUUAGAAUAAUACACCAUCCAGCUGUGUAUUGUUGUAUAAUGUGACACAUGCUAAUGAGGUCUGCUCCUCAAAUGUGAUUUAGCUUCUGAAAUCUUUGACUGGAUUAUGUAAAAGUUUUUCAGUGUAGCUGCAGCUCUACUCUACUAUAAGGACUCCAUAGUUCCAUUAGCUCCAUGAGGGCCGAAGCUGCUGUCAGAUACUGUCCACAUCAAACUGGACAGGGCUUAAUAAUAGACUCUAGAUUCAGUCCAGUUUCCCCCUUCUAGAAGUACCACUGCCAACCAACUCUGUGCUCACAAAACACACAUCUAUGUUCACUGAUGGUCCGGAGGCUCAAAGCCCUAAAUAGACUGAACGUAUCAUUGAGUUUCUUUCUCCUUUGUGAGUGUGUAUCCACCCACACACUCCUGAAACUGUCUCUAGGUCAGCACUUCUGCCUUAUGCACAAAAAGCUGCAGGGAGCUGCAGGCACCUCUGCAGUGCACACAUGAACACACUGUAUAUAAAUCAUUUUCUGUUCAUACUGAAAGGUGCAGGAGGCAGCUUUUAUCAGGACAGACUUUAAAGAAGUGGAAUAAACUUUUGUCUAGAUUAGUUUAUAACCACCAGCAUACAAUACUUUUUUGUUAGAAUUAGCCUUUUAUAUCCAUAUAAAAGAGGGUCUCUUCCACAGGGGCCGUUGCACUUUGCAUUGGCUGCCUCUCAGAACUGGAGGUUGUUGUUUUCUCUGGAUCUGCCCUGCAAAUAGCAGAUUUUGAAAUCUGUAUUUUUAAAUGUUACCAUAGAAUUAAUACAAAGUGUUAGUUCAGACAGGCCACAAAGUCAAGCUCUGCCCACAUUACAUCCUCUGCACCUGCUGCAAACUGCUGUACAACUUCUGUCCCUCCUUUUUUAUUGUAUCUUAUGCUGUGUUUAAGUUACCUCAGAAGCCAGAUGCCAGUCAGGCCUUGGAAUGACGUCACACCCGAGUUCCCAGCGUUUCAAUUACCAAAUCUGAAAAGAGCAAAAUCAGAGGUGGAAACAAGAUGGCUACAUCUACGAAAUUUAUUUUAGCGCUUUCCUUGUCUGAGUAUAACAAGGACAAGGCAAGCGCUAAAUAACUUUCAUAGAUGUAGCCAUCUUGUUUCCACCUCCGAUUUUGCUUUUUUCUGACUUGGUAUCUGAAACGUUGGUAAAUUGGUUGUGACAUCUGACUUCCGAGGUAACUUGAACACAGCAUUAGUUUAUCAGUGCCGUUUGUUUUGUCACCAAUGCCACUGCUCUGUUCUGGGCCCUGGGGGUCUUUGCUGAUGCUCUACCUGUCUUUCACUAUUAAAACAGAGGGGAGGUGUGCUCUCCCUGCCUCAGGUUUUGCACAUGAAAGCUCCCUGAAGAGAGACUUACUGCCAAAUAUAAGUUAUGAUUGCAUGCAAAUAAGAAUGAUCUUAACAGCGGUUCUGACUGAAUAAAGUGAGCAGCAGUAUCCCAAGUUAUCUUGAAACAGUUUGGACUGAAUUGUGAAAGGUGCUAUCAGAACAGUGUUCAAAGUUUUACUGUAUGAAACAGAGAAAAUAUAGUGGAUAUAUACGGAAACAAAAGUGCAUUUAUAAAAGUCAUGGAGACGGUUGUUGUGGUUUAAUACGAUGAGACUUAAUCCAUCUUUCUUCCCACUCCUUUGUGGAAAAGUUACUUCUCUGAGAUAUGUGACUACAGAUGAUUUUGCUGAAGUCUCAAUAUACUCUCAGCGCUGCUGCUGCUGCCUCGCUAUUCUCAGAUUUAUGACCCAUGAGGCCGCUGCAUUUCUUUCAUAGAUGGUUUAUCUGGUCCAGCAUAUGCUCACGUUUCUCUUUGCGCACCACAAGUGACCUGAAAUAUGAUCUGUCUAAUACAGUGCUGACUCAUUCCCUUCAUGGUACAAAACUGUCCCAUAAACUCCCCCAUACGUUAAGAGAUGAAAAGUAUAUUCUGUAUGAGUUAUAUUAGAUAUUAGAGCUCCAUUGUUCAGCGUUACGAGGCCGUGCAUUUCAUCCAGUCUUGAUCUGACAAGGCAGUUUAAAGUCAGUGGCAGGGGUUUCAUUGUGAACUGAAUUUAAUCCUUGUCCUCCUCUCUCUCUCUCUUUUUUCUUUCUUUCUCGCCCUUGUAUCCGUACUUUCUGCUCCAGAGUAACGAGAUGCAGGAGCUGCAGAGGAGCAGGAUGAGGGAGGAGAUAAAGGAGUACAAAUUCAGGGAGACCCGGCUGCUCCAGGAUUACACCGAGCUGGAGGAGGAGAACAUCACGCUGCAGAAACUGGUGUCAACGCUCAAGCAGAGCCAGGUCUGGAUUAGGAUUUAUCGCUGUUGAAGCACCUCGAACAUCAUUACUUGCUCACUGAUUUUGUCCCAUACAGAGUGGUCAUCCCUUUUAAACAUGAGGCACCAGUUAAUAUGACUGACUCACACUCAAUUCCCUGAUUCCACCUCUGAAAAACACCAUCUUUAAGGUUUAGUCACACUUCCAGGAUGCCCUUUGUCACAGUAUGCUCUCAGCUACUUGCUCAUCGUGUUUCAUUUCCCCUAAGAAGCUGAACCAUGUGUAUUUACAUACAAUUUUGCAGUUUCUGGAUUGGCUUUAGUCAAAAUUUCUAAUCCCUGUUCUGGCUGGGGUAGAUUAAGGUCAUUUAUCAACAUGAAAUCUCUCCUGUGAUGUAAGACUCUCUGACAUUGCUGGCUUUACUGUAUGGUAUAGUGAGUCACAGUGAGUGUUCAGAUCGUAAAAAAUACAUUGCAAUUGAUUUCUAAGUACAAAUCUAAUAACAAAAAAGCCGGGACACUGAAAAUCAUUGAUCAAAAGCAGGUUUUGGUGAAACUAAAACUGAAAAUUUUAGUGAUUUGUUCCUAAAUUCAUAGAUACUGUUCAGCACUGAUGGAGCUUUAACAGAUCUGGAAGCUACCUGUGACAUGGACACUGAUGGAUUUUUGGACCAGAGAUGUCAAAAGAAAUUACCUUCAUUUCUCUUGAAGAGUCUUGUGUCUUUACCUUUCUGACUCUGGUAUUGGAUUAGGGUCUGUUGUAACACUUACCGUAUUUUCCGCACUAUAAGGCGCACUUACAGUCCUGCAGUUACCGUAGCCUAGCGGAGUUAUUGAAUGAGUUAAAUAAAGUUUGACUUAUCUGACUGUUUUGUUUGGCUUAAUGCGCUUUAUAAUCCAGUGUACUCCAGUGUAUGCAUUCAUUGAUGGUGCACCUUACGAGUCUUGAUUUUAAAUCUAUUUUGAAACUUUGACUUUUUUCCCCUCUUCUCUUUUCUGGUCUGUCUGUUCUUCCUCCCUCUCCUAAGGUGGAGUAUGAGGGACUGAAACAUGAAAUCAAGGUUCUGGAGGAGGAGACAGUCCUCCUCAACAGCCAGCUGGAGGACGCCUUACGUCUGAAGGACAUUUCUGAAGGUCAGCUGGAGGAGGCUCUGGACGCCCUGAAGAGUGAGCGUGAGCAGAAGAACAACCUGAGGAAGGAGUUGGCUCACCACAUCACCCUGAGCGACAGCGUCUACGGGGCAGGGGCCCAUCUGGCGCUCACUGUCACUGGGGUCGAGGGUCUCAAAUUCCCAGAGGAGACCAAUGGAACCAACGGCACCAACGGCACCGUCAUGCCUGCUGCAAACGGCAACAACGAGGACAGCAACCGCCGCAAUGGCCACCUCCAUGCCAGCACAGGAUUGGCUAAGAUGAACGGGGAGUACAGACCAGGCAGGAAAGGAGACAGCCUGCAUCCUGUGCCUGACCUGUUCAGUGAGCUCAACCUGUCAGAGAUGCAGAAGCUCAAGCAGCAGCUGCUACAGGUGGGUUAUUAUCAGCAUCAAAAGACCUCAGUGCAGGUCAGUUGGACACACAGUUUAUCACAUCACCCAUCAUAACACAGUCAUGCAGCUGCUGGAGUGCACUCCAUGUUCGACUCUGCCCUUUUUUUCACAAACGUUCCUUUUAAAGGUCAGCGAUGAUUCAACUUGAACACCACACUGGACAGAAAGUUACCAUCUGCAGAAUUUCCCUCCCUCUGAAGCUGCUGCUAAUGUCUUAAAGUCUGAGAAAAUGUCUGCAAACUGAUAAAAAAAGCUGCACACAGCACAUUAGAAAAUGGCUGUAUUGAUUCUCCACUUUCUCACAGUACUUUCAGGUUUAGUGUGUAGAGACUGACAACUUUGAUCUGCAAUCCUGCUGCUCUCUGUAGGCAUGUGUUCAUCUUUGUAUGCAGGAAUGAUCAUGAUUUGAAAACCAUAUCUGCAGAGUAAUGGCAGGGUGAUGGAAAAUUAGAUGAAUAAAAUCUGCUGAAUGUUACAUUUCCAGACACGAACAUAAACAGUACAGUAUUGCAACAACAGGAAUGAAUCCUAAAGCAUACAUUAAGCACAACUUUCUUUGCAUUUGCAUAUGAGCCCUUGCCUAUGCUCCAUUCGAGGUAUGUCAGUGUUUUAUGGAUGGUUUCCUAAUGUGAAGGAAGAACAUUUUGGAAAAGGGACAAGGAGUUCAGCCGCCACCGCACAGGCUGUAUGUUUGCAUGUUGUGUAGGGAGCUCUGUCAGGGUGAUUAGUGUCCAACAUGCACAAGAAGCAGGAAGCAAAGGCUGAAUGUGCUGCUUUACUGAAGAAGUUAGGUCACAGUAACAAGCACAAUAAAUCAGCAUAUAUAUAACGAUAUGUUUUAACCCUUUAAUGAGAAAAAGCCAUGUAGAAAACAUGGAGUGCAGAAACUGUAUUUCUGCAAAUCACUCACAUGAGAGUAUUUCGUACAGGGUGUUAAAUGACACAAAAAUCAAAUGUGGUUUUCGAGUCAUGUUACAAUCUAGUUAAGUCAUUACUGCAGAUUUCUGCUCUUUGCUGAGCUCCUCAGGGAAAUACUGAAUUAGAUUAGUGGCUGCUAUAAAAGCAGAGCAUCUUUCUCUGCAAAAACAAUUACUCUCCCAUCAGUUCUGUCCUCACAGUUGAUUAAACUGGGACUGAUGUAAACAUAUGCAACAUUAAGCAUUAAAUCACCAUUUUAAUUUUCCUAUUAAUUAAGUUUUUUUUUUGAAUAUGUAAAAGGACGCUGUAGGGAGUGGAACUGUUUAAGUAAGGGGCACUGUAUAGUGAACAGGUGGUUUGGUAUUAUCCCAGGAUAAAUAUACUUAAUCAUGUUGUUAUAGUGCCAUCAGCUACACAUACAAACAAGCUGACAAUUAAACGCAAUCUAAAAAGAAUUUAACUAUUUAAAAGUAAGUUUUUAUGCAGUUAAAAUAAAAGUUGUAUCCUUGAUUCAAUAUUAAAUGAUCAUUUUCAUUUAUUUUAGGGUCUAAACAUCAGCAUUUCCUCGUCUGUAUUACCAAAAGAUGCCAAAAAAAAAUAACAGCAGCACAACCACUGCUCCAAUUUUCAGCUUUAACCCCUCACCAACCACCUGCAGGUUAAACUGGUACGUCAGUUUCUGCAUGUAAGAGCGAAACUGAGGAGCUGGAUGCAAAACACAAACAGUACUCUACUACUGCUGCAGGACACAGCUCAAAGCAUUAAUACAUGAGUCCUCUGCACACUGCACUUUUUCACACAGAUUGGUUUGAUGUGAUUAGACUGUUUCUAGUGUUGUCUUUGCUAUAUAAAAUCAGUAACUGUUGUCCAGAAUUGAUUGAUUUACAUAUUGUUUAUUUUUUAAGGAUGAAUUUUUUUCUUAAUAUGGUUCUCAAAGGUCAGAUCAAUAAAGUUUAGCUGUUUCACGCAGAAAGAUAACUGAGUAUGAUACCUGUGUGCAGCACUUGGUGUUAGUUCCAAUUAUGCUGUUUAAAAGAUAUUUGGAGACAGUCCAGGUCUCAUAAGUCAGAAGUAAAAAUGGUCCAAAAUCCAACAAAAUUCUGAGUCAGUGUUUGCUUGUUAUUCUGCAGAUGCUUCCUUAUGAAUCUGGUUGUUUCUUCAGGCCUCUAAGGCAUGGAGCUGUGCAGGCUGCAGUAGAGACAGAAAGCUUUAAAACUAAAUCUGCUGUUGUGUAUCAUCGUUGUACGUCAGCCCAGCCUGGUUGAUGUUAAAAAAGUUUUGUGUUCUUUUUUUCUCCAUCCUGGCGUCUUUUACUGUUAAUGAGUUUGAGCAAAUGUGUAAAGUGUCUUUUAUUUUUACCUGCUCCCUCUUACAUGGCAGUGCAUCCUUCUGUAUCUCAGGUGGAGUGUGAGAAAACAGCUCUGCUCAUGAACCUUCAAGAGUCGCAGACUCAGCUGCAGCACACGCAGGGCGCCCUGACAGAGCAGAGCGAGCGUGUCCAUCGUCUCACCGAGCGAGUUAACACCAUGAGACGUCUCAACGGGGACAAAGAGCUUGAUGACCCGCAGGAGAGUGAGAAACCUGACGGGGGCUCCAUAUCACCGCCAACCAAUGGUCACCAUGACCCUGAUAUCCGUGGGUUUGAGACCCUGGAGUGUAAGUACAAGGUGGCGGUGACAGAAGUGAUUGACCUGAAGGCGGAGCUAAAAGCCCUGAAGGAGAAGUACAACCAGGCAGUGGAGGGGCAGGGAGACGUCCACGGUGACGACAGAGUCCAGGCAUUGUCUGAGCAGGUUAGUCGUGGUCAUGGUCACCAUUUUUAUUGCAGCAUCAGCCUCACGUUGACCUUACCAACCUCUGAUCUGUUUCAUCCAAGCAGGUCACUCAUCUGGAGCGUAGUUAUCGUGAGAGCAGGGAGAGGGUGGCGAGCCUGGAGGCAGAGCUCCGAGCAGCCACAAGCGUGUCCACGGAGAGUCAGGGCAUGCUGAACGCAGCGCAGGAUGAGCUGGUGACUUUCAGCGAGGAGCUGGCUCAGCUCUACCACCACGUCUGUAUGUGCAACAACGAGACACCUAAUCGCGUCAUGCUGGACUAUUAUCGCCAGAGCCGCGUCACACGCAGCGGCAGCCUGAAAGGCUCAGAUGACCCACGUGCCCUGCUCUCGCCUCGCUUGGCACGCCGCCUCGCUGCAGCAGCUGCAGCCUGCUCCUCCGACUCUCCACGCAGUCCCAUGGACUCCCCAUCCAAAGACGCCCACCACAACGAGGCAUCCACCAACACAGCAGACUCUUCAUCCUGUCAUAGCAGCCCCACACGCAACCCCCCAGGCUCCCCAUCCAUUAACAUCUCCCCCUGCCCGUCUCCAGUGCCCGCAGAGACGGGUGCAGACCUGCGGAAGGAGCCCAUGAACAUCUACAACCUGAACGCCAUCAUCCGAGACCAGAUCAAGCACCUGCAGAGGGCUGUGGACCGCUCACUGCAGCUGUCCAGGCAGAGGGCAGCAGCCAGGGAGCUGGCUCCUAUGCUGGACAAGGACAAAGAGCUGUGCAUGGAGGAGAUCCUCAAACUGAAGUCUCUGCUCAGCACCAAGAGGGAGCAGAUCGCCACACUCAGGCUGGUGCUGAAGGCCAACAAACAGGUCAAGAGUUCAUCUUCCUUUUUCCUUAUGUUGUCUCUUUGCAUUUAAGUCUGAGUAUGUGAUUUAAUAAAACAUUUUAAUUCAUGUUGCAGACAGCAGAAGUUGCUCUGGCAAACUUGAAGAGCAAGUAUGAGAAUGAAAAGGCAAUGGUGACGGAGACCAUGAUGAAGCUGAGGAACGAGCUGAAGGCUCUGAAAGAAGAUGCUGCCACCUUCUCAUCUCUCAGGGCCAUGUUUGCAACAAGGUGAGACAGGAAACAUGAGACCACUGAGUGAGGCCUGUAACUAAUACCAUGAUCAUUUUAGUCUGGAUCACAACGGACAAUAAAUCCUGAUCAUUUGAACUCUAUGAAUCACUGUCUCAAUGUUAACGUUGACCCUUUGAUGCACCACCAUUGGGAUUCAAGUGGACCCUUCUAGGCUGUCAGUUUUUAUCCAGAGUUCAUUCAAACUUGAGAGAAAAAGUUUAGUCCCAUCAUUACCUGACUGUUAAAUAGCACUCUUGACCUCACCACUUUUUGAGGAAUGGAUAAAUUAUUUCAUGGUAGACCUUCCUGCUGAGGUCUAGUUUUGGCCACGGGGCAAAUGCACCAAGGCACUGAUCCUUACACUUAAGUAUAAGGGUCCGUGCCUUGGGAUUGCUGUGCUAUUACUUUUCUCUGUCGUACAGAAAUUUUGACUUCAAUGAAAAAAUACUGCAUCAAAGUCAAUGGUAAAAACCAAAAAAGAGCAACUAUUGGAGUUUUUCGAAUGUCUUACUCUGGUGUACUUUCACCUAGAGACUCUAUUUACAUUUUCAAAUUUUUUGCACAAGUCUUGUCUGUUGGUGGAGGAAUCUGCAUUUUAAAAGGUUUCGUAGUUUUUGAACACCUACGGUUCAAUGACCAUGAUCAUUUUUGGAGAAAUUUUGAGAUUAUAAUGGGUGUGUAAUGCGGGGAAUGUUCAUGCCAGAGUGGGUGAAAUCAUCGGCUAGAGUGAGAGAAGUUGCAUGAAAUCGUCUUAAACUUUUCCCUUUCCACGCUUCAUCCAGCCACAAAUUACACUCUACACACGUUUUUUCCCCACAGUUUUUGACACACUUGUUUUGUCUCUAACAAUAUAUUCAUCUAAGCAGAGAGACUUACAGAAUAUAAGUGUUGCUCCUCAUUGACACUAAUACAAAGAUUUCUGAAAGAGGCAGAAGGGACUCCUGUUUAUAUCUUGCAAAUAUGUCAAAACUAUUUACUUUAGAAACACCAAAAUCAUAUCAAAGUGUUCAGGAACUCCUUACAAUGACUAUGGCCUUCUUUUUUUCUGAUAGGAGCUACCGUUUUAUCAGAAUAAGCCCAAAAGUGAGACCAGCACUGAGGCCAAAAUCGCUCUUUUUCUGAACGUUUUGGCUGCCUCACCCUGCGGUGCAUCUAUCACCGUGGCAACCUGUGAGCCUCAGGCCAGGCCCACAGCUGAGACCAAUCAACUAAUCAGGGACUGCUCUGACAUCACUGCAUCAUCGAAUUACUUUCGAGCAAUUUGAUUAACGAUAAAAAGCUGAUUCUCAAUCAGAAUCCCAAUUAGGGCCAUGGGGACAAACACACCAAGGCACUGGCUCUUGUACAAUAGAGAUGCAAUAAACUGUUAAGCAGGCCCUUAUACAAUAGUGCAUGUGAACUUUUUCAUAUUCCUCUUCUGGACAAAUUUAGAUUUGCUACUAAUCCAACAGCUUGAAAAGUUGUAGGACAAAUUAUAUUUCAAAAUGCGAGGUUUGAUUGGGAUCAGUGUGCCAUCAUUCUCUACUGUGUAAAUAUUUUGUGACGUAAGUUGCAAAAAACUGUGGAAAAAUUGCAAUUAUUGGAGUUAAAGGAAUGUUUGUCUUAGUUGUGAUCCCUGUGUUUACUAUCACAAUGCUACUAGUGUUAAUUAUUUGAAAUUUCUGAAAUCUUCUUGCAUGGAUCUUUUCUUUAUUUCUUUUUUUUUUCACUGCAUUCAGAGACUCCAAUCUGUUUUGCAGUCAUUUUUAUUCAACCUGAAAACUUACCUCAGCCUUUCUCCUUCCUUGCCAAGUGAAAAGUGUAUUGAGAGUGUAUUUAAGUUCAUUGAAUCUAACAAGUGCAUUAACCUGCCAUCAUCCAAUAUCGAGUAUUAGCAUGUGUAAACUAAAUCUUGGUUUCUUCCCCUCUUCUGUCUUUCUCUGCAGAUGUGAUGAGUACGUCACACAGCUGGAUGAGAUGCAGAGGCAGCUGGCAGCAGCAGAGGAUGAGAAGAAGACUCUGAACUCUCUCCUCCGGAUGGCCAUCCAGCAGAAACUGGCCUUGACCCAACGGCUGGAAGAUCUGGAGUUUGACCAUGAGCAGACCCACAGGGGCCGCGGGGCCAAAGUGCCCAAGAUAAAAAGCAGCCCGCCCAAAGUAAGUCCAAGAGGUGCCUACACGGCUCCCCCCAGCCCCACCAGACUUCACAGCCCUUCCAUCCUCACCACCCACACCCUGAACACCUCUCUGACCCUCCGUAGUCCUCCGUCUUUGUCUUUGUGGACUCCUGACUCACUCUCUGAAACAAUCCAGACCUCCGUUUCAACCACGCCUCACAUCAAUUACCCUCAUUUGUCAGCGGGCAUUCAGCCCAUCAUGAUAGACCCCGAGAGUCUUACGGUAAAGUUCAGACGGCUGAUUUAUUCAAGACCAGACGUAGGUCACCUCUCCCCAUCUCGCAACACAAGUAGGUCCGCCUCAGUCUCUCCUCGCCUGCGACGAAAGCAAUAAUUCUUCCUCAUCAUCUCCUGCUCCAGCCUAAAUCUCUGCUGUGUACAAUUAUCAGAGUCCUCAGGUUGAGAUGGGACACAGAGUGGAGAAUAAACUGGUUUCACACGUCUUUGGUUGAACAAUUAAAAACCCUCAGGAAGACUGAGCUGAUGGUAGGGUGCUUAAUCUUGAAAACAUCCUAAAAACUGCACAAAAACUCCACUUACUGACUUUUAAUCGUUCUUAACAUAAAAGAAAGUUGGACUACAAUGAUGUUUCUCAGUGCUCAGAGAGUAUGGGUAGGGUUUUAGAGGAAAAAACAAGUCAAUAAAUAAAUAAAUAAAAUGUGCUGCAGCAUCGGCUUCAGCAUAAUGACAGCACCUCCCUGUGGCAGACUCUGAGAAUAACAUGUAACUCUUCAAAUCUCAGUAACAGCCUCAAUUCCUAAAAGGUUGGGAUGCUUUUGGUAAAAAGUAAAAUCAAAUCAACCCGAAGUUUCUGUGAAAAUUGUAUAAAGGUAGCAUAUCAAAUAUUGAAACUUAAACAUCAUUUUUUUUAUGAAGAAUUUACACCCUUUUAAAUUUGAUGCCAGCAACACAUUUCAAAAAAGGACAAGAACAACCAAACAUGUAGAAAGUUGUAGGAACAUCUCCAACUAGUGAGGUGAAUUUCCAACAGGUCAGUAUAAAAAAGACAUUCGGAGAGGCUGAGUCUGAAAUCCUCGAUCAGUUUAGUAACAAUAAGGGGUGAUGACCCAUGAUGGUAAAUGUGACUCUGACAGCUGUUUUAAAACCUGUCACUGGCAUCAACUGAAAAUAAGCAUAAACUUAUCAUUAUACAACAAAGUUUCUCAGUUUCAACAUUUGAUACUUUGUCUUUAUUAUUGAUUUAGUAUUUCACAGUGUGUCAGCUUCUUUUUUAAAUUGGGGUUGUUGUUGUAAUUUUUAAAUAUCAAAUAUUACAGACUGUCAAAUGAAACCCCCUUCAUUUUUUUAUGCAUGCCUCAGUCAGUCACAUCUAAACUUCUGUCAGAGAGCAUUUGACAGGCUAAACACUCGGUGUGAUGAGAAACCAGUCAAACCUCCUCUCUGUGCCUCAGCCCUCUCUCUGAUUGAUUUUUAACUCUUGUAUUUUAUCCCACAUGAAGCAUGAAAAGACAAAAACCAAAAGCAAAAGCUCUCAGGCACACACUCCUGUUUUCUCCACUAGAUGUCAGUGUCUUCAAAUAUUUCCAUUCUUUUCCUGUCAAAUGCUGUUUGACCUCCCUUUCUCUUAUCAAUCCUACCUCAGAUAAUUGUAUAAUUAUACUGUAAAUUAAACAGCUUUAAUAUAAUGAUACCAUGUGCACAAACAAAGACCUGACUUUGCUGAGUCAGACGGCAGCAGGUGUUGUGGAGUCCAGCAGGGUUGGAUUGUUUAGCGUCCGCCCCUCUGUGUCUGUCUUUCUCUUUGUGUGCAGGACAAAUCAAUACAAUAUUGGAUUUGAGAGUGUAUGUUUGGUUAGAUUGUUUCUCCUGGUGUUUUCCUCCCCCAGUGUUAAUUGUUUUUGUGUGUAGAGACAGGUCCUGUCAGAUGAGGCUGGUUUACAGCAGUAGUCAUGUUCAUGCUAGGCAGGAAUGUAUUGGCAUGCAGCAGGUUCAGUUCUUUAGACUGACCACAGGUACUUUCCUGCUUUUCUCUGCGCCUGGGCUCAUAUUUAUUCACCUGCUCUCAAGCUUCUCACAUUCAUUGAUAUUUUGAACCCUGAUUUCAGCAGGAAGAGAAUCACCUUCCACAUCGAGGAGAUUCAAAAUCAGGUUCAACCUCUGAAGAUAAACUUCUACAGUGUUAAAGAGAGAGUAUUAAAAUGUGGUCGUAUGAGGUACUUGUCAGUAAGUGAGGGGAUCAAGGUCAACUCAGCCCCAUCAUUGAAAAACUGCUUUGAGAGGGAUCAGGUCAAUCACGCUCUAUUUUAAGAAUAUGGUUUUCUUUUAGGGAUGCACCGAUCCGAUAUUUGAUAUAGAUAUAGCUCCCGAUACUGAAGAAAAUUCUAGAUCGGGUAUCGUGACAAUGGACCCGAUGCAUAGGGGCUGAUCUAUUCAGUCUAACUCUAUGCUAUGCGCUGUGAGUGGCAUCCACAAGUAAAUACGCCGAGCGGAUGCACACAUUGUUUUUUUUAAAUGGAGCGAGCAAAGGGGUCUGCUAUCUUGAACUUAUCACAAUACCUCAACCUACAAGCUUGGCAGCCACUUGCAAUACCUGCGCAGUAAACAUUCCAAGGGGCAGUGGUAAAACUUCAGGUUACAACAAAAGGUAAUUCAGUGCGGCUUCUCUGUAUCGGAAUUGGAUCAGUAUUGGCCGAUACUAAACUAUAGAUAUCCGUUUCUGUAUCAGAGGUGAAAAAAGCAGAUCGGUGCAUCCCUAUUUUCUUUCUUUUCCUUUUUGCACAGUUAGCAGAUGGAACACAUCCCAGUUAGACUGAAAUUGUUUCUGAGUACCUAGUGUGUAGGAUCGUCUGUGUGGUGAAGUCUGUAGAGUUUAUUCCCGCUCAGUCUAACAUUUGCAAUUUUUGUACAUAUAUACAGUUUAUUUCAACACAGCAGGAGCUCUAUUGACUUGUACUUUAUGCAACCACUCUUAUAAAUAAGUGAACAAUCCCUUCAAGUUGCACCAUGACAUAAAAUCAUCAGUUCCUUGACAAGGAUCUGAGUGGUGCUUCAGUAUGAAAUUAAGCGCUAUCAGUAAACCAGCAUCCUCUCUGUCCCUGACAUGGCCUCCCCUGUCUGUCCUUCGUAUUUUCUGUCUCUCUGUCUAACCCAGAGUGUCACCACUCUGUAUAUCUGUCUAAUUUAUCAGUUUCUUGUAGAUUGUCAGCAGCCUGCUGCCUCAGUACCGUCACUCUCCCCACAACUAAGGCGAGGGAGAGCCUCCCGAGCCCGCAGGUAACCAGCUGUAGUACCUGUUAAAAGUAGGCUCAUCCACACUUCUAUCUAUCUAUCUAUCUAUCUAUCUAUCUAUCUAUCUAUCUAUCUAUCUAUCUAUCUAUCUAUCUAUCUAUCUUUCUAUCUAUCUAUCUAUCUAUCUAUCUAUCUAUCUAUCUAUCUAUCUAUCUAUCUAUCUAUCUAUCUAUCUAUCUAUCUAUCCAUCUAUCCAUCUAUCUAUCUAUCUAUCUAUCUAUCUAUCUAUCUAUCUAUCUAUCUAUCUGUCUAUCACACUGCAGUAAUGAUUUAGAUUUUUGUUCUGCAUGAAUAAUAGUCACUACUUAUUGUUUUAUAACAUGUAAACCACUUCAGUACUAAUAGUAUGACAUGGAUGCAUUUGCCUUUUUGUUAUGGCAUUUCAAAAAAUGUUGCACAAGGUCAAACUCUGACUUUAAGCUGCAGGAUUAACACUGAGCACAUACUCUUGUUCCUUCUGCUUGACAUACAUUUCAGAGUCACAAGGGUUAGUAUUAACUUUAGAAAGGUCACAUACAUCUGUGCUAACAGCCAACAGCAGCACUAACUUUAAAGACAGCCUUUAUCUUCAACUCUACACUCAGUUUCUACAAGGAUUGUCUGGCAAUAACUCGUCUUUCUUUUCUCACUGGACUGAAAUGUUCUUAUGAGACGACUCAGAAACUGCGGACAGAUCUGAGAUUGUGUUUGGUUUCAGUUUGUCACCUCACUGUCUCCUUUAACUCUGUUUUCCGUUGUACUUUUUCUCACCUGAUACUUUGUCUUGAAGUAUGGUUUAAUCUGAUCCUCCCUUGUCUCUGGCAUGGUUGAAGGGGAAAGUUUGACUUUUUGGGAAAUUUAUGAUAUAAUGUGUCCUCAUGUUAAGCAUUGAUGAGAAUGAUAUCACUCUCAUGUCUUAGCUAUUAAAUAGUUUUAGGGCCAGAGAUGGGAAAACAUCAAAAGAAAAAGAAAUAUGAAUUUGUAGAAAAGAGAUGAAAAGAUGAGGAAAAAAAUGUUUUGGUUGGAAAAGAGGUCCAAAUCAGUGAAAUUUUGAGGGAUACAAAGUCAACAGUUUCUUAACCAAAUUUCUGACUUAUACAAUCUCAACUUUUGAUCGAAAUCCCAUACAUUCAUUACUUUAUUCUUUUUUAAAAUUGAAUUUAUUUAAUUAGGACGACACACAUUCAUCAACAUUUUUGCAGUUUGCAUCUAUGUAAAAACCAAAUUUUAUCUUAAGUCCUGAGACAGGUACAGAUAUAAGACAAAAAAAAUAAACAAUAAACAAUGUACAGCUUUACUGUUAUGGGUUUAUGGCUUCUUCUCUCGCAACUUUUCCUUGUGAACUCAGGACUUUAUACUUAUGUAUUAUCACCUCAUUCUCAUCACACUCAUUUUGUAAAUGUUAUGAAAGCAGUGAAGCAGAUCACAGGUGUCACGGGAGGGAAAGUAGGUUUGACCUUCCAAGGCCCAAAUAGAUGAAGAGGCCCUAAAAGAAAAAGAAAAUUACUAUUGCUUGCUAACUUGCUAACUAAUAACUGUAUGAGAUUAAAUGAGCCUGAUACAUUGAAUCAUUUCCAUCUGGAGAAAGAGAGACCCCUCUCACCUCCUCUAAAUCUGUAAAAUGAUCUUAGUUUUGAAGAUAAUUCUUUAGACUAUAAAGUAGUGAGUAGGUCACUCAUUUCUCAUUUCAGCAGAUUUACUACAACCUGCAGAUUUCUGUUCUGUCACGAUUGAAGCUUUCAAAUUAAGCCCAUUAGUGUCUUGUAACACAAUGUUUUUCAUCUAUAUCAUUGUGAGUAUUAGCAUACAAUAGCAUUUUAAGUCUAAGCAUGUAUCAUGCUGCCUUUGGUAUUGUUUUUGAACUCGUAUUUUCAUAGAGUAACGCAAAGUUAUAGAUGUUAAAAGCUCUCAGAGGGUCGCCUGCACACUGAGGUUGUCUGGGCUGUUGCAGUGGGGCCUCAAUACUCAUUGUCAUAAAUCAAAGAGCUGAUCACAGCAUCCCUAAAGCUAAGCAAACAGAAGUUAAAACUUCACCACCAAAUAUGAGAAAUAUGAGAGUCAGUCUUCUCAUUUGAACUGCGACCAAAGAGAAAUUUCAAGUAUUUCCCAAAAAGAGCUUUCUCCCUGAAGAAAACCAUGUCACUGUUUUUCUUGACAUGUUAUAUUCCAGUUUGAUUUGUUCUUACUUUUCUCUUCCAUUAACUCUUCUCCUCUUUUUCAGCCAGUAGAUAACCGAACUUUACCCUUUUCUCUUGUCUUUCUGCCUCCUUUCAGUCCUAAGUUAUCAGCAAACCGCUCAGUCCUGUCCAGAAGAAGUAGCCUCUUCUCCCCCUGCGACCCUCGUAACUGUCUCGCUCAGCCUCCUCAGCCCCCCUAAGACGUGAUGCCUGACCUCCCCUCUCCAGCCCGGGCUCUGCUCCUGGCCUGGUGGGAGUCUAAAAGACGCUUAAAACAGGGGGGCUCCUGCAGAUUCCCCCCUCACCCUCUCAGCCAGCCAGCCUUGCAGUCUAACCUGGUGCUUACUGGACUCUGUGACACCCCACCCCACCUCCCACCAAGUGACUGGGCUCCCCUGGUUCCUCGGGUCACAGAAGAAGAGCAGGACUCUCUUCUUCUCUGGAAACAAAGGAAUUGAGGCGCAAAAAGCCAGAGUGACAAAUCAGGGGAAUUUUUCCCUUUGUGGUAUCAGUAUUUAUUACCUAUUUAUUUACUCUAUUGAUUAUUUAUUUACAAAUUGAUUUAUGAAUAUUUUGGAGCUAUUUAUUACAGGAAUGUUUUCUCUUUGUUGUUUGUCAUUUUUCAAGACAACAGUUUAAAAUCAGAGGUUUAACUGCUGUGGUGGACAAGACUUACAGCAGAGCUUCAGCAGCGCUCUAAGAAACAGGUUUAGUGACACUGUACAGACCUUAAAGGAGACCUAUUAUUACUUUAACACAUUUGUCCGACAUUACAGUGACAGGUGUCCAAAGUAAACCUUGGAAAAGUUUGAAAACAUAAGAAACACAGCUGUUGGUGUAAUCCCCAGGCACUCAAAGUAUCUUAUUUUCAGUUCCUUAUACAGUCGAGGGUAUGAACUAUUUGCAUCUUUGCCCCCAUGAUUGUCAGUGGCAAUCUACUGUUUGGUCGAUAACCACAAGCUUGCAGGAGAUCUGCAGAAAUAUGACCAAAAUGAAAAUGAGCACAAAGUACAGACAGGAAGCUCCGUCUCUAACUGUAUGCAAAUCCGGUGUAGAGCAUCAUUGAGCUUUAAGUCACUUUAAACAACAGCUCAGAUGCAGCUCAGAUGUUUUCUUGGUAGUGUAACUUUCAGGUCAUUUUUAUGACUACCAAGCUGUGUAAAAAGUAACACCCAGAAGCCGGAUUUAACAUUAUAUCAGCAAAAAAGCAGCCAAAAUGAAGCUAUGAGGCAGAGGCUGAUUCGUGCUGAAAUAAGGGUUUUUACACAUACUGCUGUAAGAUGAAUAUAGAGGUUUUUCUAACAGCAAAUUAUGCAUCGCUCAUGUUUUAGCGUCCCAGACCAACAUAAUCAAAGUUGAAAAUUCCUUAAAAAAAAAAAGACUUUGAUGGUGAUCUGGCUUGUCAAAUGAGCUAAAAACAUAUCACUUCUUUUCUCCAAAAAUAACAUCUUCAGAGUCAGAAUCAACUUUAUUGAACAGAUUUGUGUACACAAACAGGGAACUUGACAACUGUUAUAUUCAGUUCUCUCUUUUCACUCCUUCUCAGGGUCUAAUUCACAGAGCAAAUUGCCCAAAUGAUGUUCAAGAGUAAAAUGCCUACAGAUCUGUAGCAUCUCCACUCCCUGCUGCACAGAGCUGUGCUGUGCACUGUCUUCCUCACAGAUAAACAGAGAGAAGUCCUCACCAUUUUAUUGCAGAGUGCAUAAUUCUUAUGUGAUCUAAUCUUCUGAACCUUACAAAAUCAUUUAAAAAGUAUAAUAGGUCUCCUUUAAAUCUGGUGUUAUGAUAAUCCAACAUAAACAUGCCAUUUUUUUCCAUAGGUGUUUCAGUUAAUUGGGUUUAACAGAGAGACUAAUGACGGUGAAGAUGAUGUUACAGAAGCAGUGUUUCUUGAGGUGAUGAUGGGUGGAUUUCAACUACCUUUCUAACAUCACUACUAUUUCUUUAGAUGCUUGUGUUUUUUAUACAGAUUUUAUUUGCAAACAUUUUUUAUACUUCUUAUUAUUUAUUCAUUUUUUACAGCAGACUCUAGAGGCAGAGGCGUGUCAGUAAGGUAGCUCAGAUCUCUUUAGAGGCUGGGAUAGAUGAGGGGCUGAGUGUUUGGGAUCAGGACUAGGGCUGUUGGCCUUUCUUUGUUUCUGUUUUGCCUUUUGAAUUGCACAGGUUUAAGUGACCAUGGAGUGAAGUGACCUCCAGCUUUUUAACAUUAGAGGAUUGCCAGAAGGUGUGCCUCCUCUAGAGUAAUCCUCUCUGCCAUUUCAACAUCGUACUCUCACUGUAAAAUAUUGUCUGUCUCUUCUGUGAGGUCUGUCACUGUAUUCGCCACAAACCCAGGAAACUGUUAUUAUAGUUCAUCCUGCAGUCCCAGAAAUGUCAGUCUAAGACACGUUGCCGACAUCCAGUUUUCUCACGUAUGUCAUGAAACCUCCAUGUUCAUCUCUCUCCACAUGCUUUCUCCAAUCAGUAUGUUAUACUGUCCAAGCACAAUGAUGCAAAAUGCAUUCAAGCAAUAUAUCUGCUCCACUUGUGGGAUAAUUAGACAAAUUAUUUCCAAAAUCUUCCAACCAUUUCUGAAACGGUGAACCAACCAGCAGGCUGACAGCAACAGUGAAGCAGCAGGAGUGUCACUGACUUCUUCAAAGACAGAUAAAGACUGUUCACACGUGGAUGUAUCUUUGACUUUGUUGUAUAUUAAAGUUCCCUCUCUUCGUCUUUAUACCCUCAUGAUGUCUGUAAUGUAACUAAAUUUGUUUCCAGGUGGAAAUUAAUGAGAUAAACUGAAACUACAGAGCCAGUAAAGUGUUAGAAUGACAGAGAAAAAAACUUUUCUUUCUCAUCAGUGAUGGAUGAGUGGACUCUUCUGUUCUCUGUGUGCACAUCUGUAGGAUCUGUCUCUGUUCGCAGUGCAGAUUGGUCCGAAAGUAUCUUCUAGAAACAUGCAGGCUCACUGAAGACAUAACUCUCUGGGAUUGUUUGCACAAUAUAGCAAUGGAUGAAGAGGAACUAACCCAGUGGAAAAGAAAAAGAAAAAAAGGACUGACCCAAAAACAAUGAUAGUGGUGGGUUUGAAGGUUCUCCUCCAUAAAAACACUCUUUAAUUGGUUUCACAAGUUAAAUAAAGACCUGCCCUUGGAUUUGUAUCUGA